AUGGCGUUGGCGGUAAACCGCUCCGCUGUGGUCUCCAAAGCCAUUCUGAUUAUUACUGCCUUGUUUCUGCCUUGAUGCCAACUCCAGGAAAACACAUGAAUCUGCUUCCUAUUUAGAACUGGAAUGCAAUAACAAAACAAUCCCAUAAGAUUAUUUUAGAAUAUCUAGCUAAAAAUAUUUCCAAGGGAGAGAAAGCAGCCAUUGUGGCAUGGACCACUAACCCACUCUUCUCAAUGGGGUUUUCAGCAACUCAGAGCCUCCUGAGCUCCAGGAAUCAGCAGGAGGAAACCUCCCUUAAAGCAACAGAAUUGGACAACAUAUAGAUUAGGAGUAGUCAGUCCUCUUACUGUGGAGGCUUGUUGUAAGGAUAAGAUGGGGGGGAGAGAUAUUUAGCUUCUUGGGGAAAGGGUGAGAUAUCAAUGAAGAAAAUAAAGCAGCAAGUCAUUUCAGUUAUACUAAGCUAGCAGCAGUUAAAAUUCAUUACGAAAUGCAGUCUGAGUCAUGAAAACACAAUGGGAAGAAUUCAGCGUCACACGCUUCUAAUCACUUCAUCAGCAAACUUGCCAGAUGGAGCAAUCCCGACUCUUUUCCCCAAUGCACUAUUCAGAAUGCUCUCCCAACACUCUCCAGAGACAAUUUUAGGGGCACUUGGGGGAGGAAAAGGUGGAAAGCCCUACUGUGCAAGCAGAAGUCCUUGAACAAGGCUUCUGCUGAUGGGACUAGAUUAAUCCUAGUCCCUAGAUUAAUCCUAACUAGAUUAAUCCUAACCAAUAUCAAUUGAUAUCAUUUGUUUGCAUAUAUACACAUAUGCAACCUGGCAACUUUAUAUGAUCCAUAUUUGUUUUCUCAUACUCCCUAUAAAAGCAUCCAGACAGUUCCCAGAUGUUAUCAUUUGUUGACGUCAGGUGUUGACAAUAUGUUGAUCUCCAGACGUUUUGAAGUACAAGUCCCACAAUUCGUCAUCGUUGGCUAUGCUGGCUGGGACUGAUGCAAGUUAUAGUCCACAACAUCUAGAGAGCUCCACAUUGGCUACCCUUGCCUUAUAGGUGAUAGGUGGACCAAAUGGCUGUAAGCGUAAAUACAUCACUCCAUUUCUCUGACCAUUCCUGAAGUCUUACUCAUUUACCUGUGGAAUGCCGUGGCAUAAUAAUAGAGGUGACCUGUGACUUGUCAGCUGUACUUUGUUCUUUUUACCAGUACUCUUAAAGGUAAAGGUAAAGGGACCCCUGACCAUUAGGUCCAGUCGUGGCCGACUCUGGGGUUGCAGAGCUCAUCUCACUUUAUUGGCUGAGGGAGCCAGCGUACAGCUUCUGGGUCAUGUGGCCAGCAUGACUAAGCCGCUUCUGGCGAACCAGAGCAGCGCACGGAAUCGCCGUUUACUUUCCCGCUGGAGCGGUACCUAUUUAUCUACUUGCACUUUGAUGUGCUUUCAAACUGCUAGGUUGGCAGGAGCAGGAACUGAGCAACGGGAGCUCACCCCGUCACAGGUAUUCGAACCGCCGACCUUCCGAUCGACAAGUCCUAGGCUCUGUGGUUUAACCCACAGUGCCACCCGCAUCCCUACCAGUUCUCUUAAGAUCCACCAAACAGAGCCAGGUGCAAAGGAAUAUUUGUUAGAAUUAAAGAACUUUUAGCACAUUCAGAACCUAUAAUUUUAUUUUAGUAUGCAAACUGAAAUGAGCUCACAGAACUUCUACACAAAAGCCUGCUCCUGGUUAGCUUUCUUCAUUUAGGUGAUAAUAAGUCAGUUUGUUGCUGCUGUUAAACAAAUGGGAAUCCAAAAUCCUCACCGAUCUACAGCAAAUUACCCAAGGAUCUACUCUGACAAGGGCAGCAAAAAUGGUGACCUGAGUCACUGUAGGAUUCCAAUCAGCCACAGCUACCACAGACAAUGGUUAAGGAUGAUGGGGGUCGUAGUCCAAUAACAACUGGAAGGCAUCCAAUUGGCUAUCCUUGUUCUAGUAGAUCCUGAUCUACCUUCUGCCUACCCCUGCAUUAAUCUAAAGGAAAAUGGCUUGGCUAUUGGCUUCACUACACAACAAGGUUCAGAUCAUGCAAGUUCUUCUACUGUUAUAAGCCAUAUGUUAAGUUGGCCUAAAAUCCUCAGCUUUAUUUUAUAUGCAAGGCACAGAACCUCAGGCAUGAAAUUAUUUGCCCUAUAUUAAAUGCUCUUUUUCAUUUUAAAGUGAAAGGCUUAUGGCAGAACCCUCAGCCCAUGCUUUCAGAAGGAUGUGCUUGGCUUUCCUGCUUCAGGAAAGCAGCACUUUCAGAUAAAGCAAUAGCCUUGGGGUAUUAGUGCAAAACACUGAGACAUCUGAUCCAAACAAACAACACAUCUGUCUUCUAGUUAAACACUAUGGAAUGAUGAUCAGCUGGAUACUUAUCUUGUUCCCCCUGUUUGGAAGUGGUUUUGUUUUGGGGAGAUACUAAAGUUGAGAUAACAUCAUGUCCAGUUGCCUUUGAAGAAAGAGAAAAUAUGAAAAAGUUGGAAAUGUCUUCUGUAUUAAAACUACAAUAAAUAAAACUGCGGUGCUCGGAACAACCAUACUAUCUGGGGAAGUGAAGAACUAGGUCAAUACGACCAGGCAGCUAUAGGUCCAGUCGAGAAGGUAACAGAAUGCCAUUUAUCCUUAAAGUUCUCAACCAAAGCAUCUCCAGCACAUCAUCAAGGGUCCAUAGCCCAUCCGCAAAGAUGAUCCUUCUAGAGAAGGGAGGGGGAACCUGUGGUGCUCCAAACGAUGUUGGACUACAACUCCCAUAAUCCCUGGCCAUUGGCUUUGUUGGCUGGAGCUGAUGGGAGUUGGAGUCCAACAGCAUCUAGAGGGCUGCAAGUUCCAGAUCCUUGUUCUGGAGGAAGGUAUGUUUUACCACUAGCUUGGAUUCCAGCUUGGUCCUCAUAUUUGCUUUGGCAAUAUUAUCACAGAACCAAACAAUAUCUGGUCUUUUUUCACCUGCACACACAUAUGUAGGCUGAACAGAAUAUGCAACCAAAUAAAUAAACAUGAAUCAGGCAUUUAAAAUGCUGAUACUUAGGAACCAGCAUGGGAUUGUAUUAAUUGCCCAGAUUCUUGAGUAGCAAGCCAACCAGCGCCCGGCUGCUUCCUGCAAGGCCCUUUCCACCUGGCCUAGGGGGCGGGACCCAGACUCACCUAGACCUACUAAUGAGGCACCUGGUGAGACCAGAGGGACAUCACUAUGCCUGACAAUAAAUCCUAAUUAUUGGUUUCUUUUGCCCCAUCUUUUUGUGCCUGCCAAACAGCCAUGUCAUGCUUAUGAUGAUAUUUUAUUCUCUUGUUAAUUAUGCUGUUUUAAAUGUGCAUUUUAUAUUUGACUUCACUUAGCAAUUUUUUUUUUGAAAUAUUUAAGAUUUUUUGUGUUAACUUUUUUGUGUUAAAUGUGUAUUUGAAACCUUUAAGAUAAUAUUUUAGUUUCUUGUUGAUUAUGUUGCUUUGACUGUAUUUUAUAUUUGUCUUUCUUCAGAAAUGUUUGAUUCCGGAUUGUUUUAUUGAUGUUUUAAUAUGCUGUAAACCGUUUUGAGAUUUUUCUUAGAAAUAUAAAGCGGUAUAGAAACGGGGGUGGGGGGAGACCAACCAUUCUCUGCAACCUGUCCCACCGUGAUAGAUUGUAAGGUAUGCUACCAGGAAUUUGAUCUUCUUACACCUAUUCAUUGCCAUUGUCUGCUGGUCAGUGGCAAGCCACCUUUCAUUGUACGCAUUUAAUUGGAUUCUGUAUUCAUUUGCAAUUCACAAUGUAUAGCAACACAUGAUCAUUCGAUCUUUGCACCCCGGAGGCACAUAUGCUAAAGACAGCCCUGUCUACAUUGUAGGCUCAUGUUUUAUAUAUGCGUAAAUACAGUGGUGCCACAGAUGAAGGGCGGCACACAAAUUUAAUGAAUACAGUGGUGCCCCGCAAGACGAAUGCCUCGCAAGACGAAAAACUCGCUAGACGAAAGAGUUUUCCGUUUUUUGAGUUGUUCUGCAAGACGAAUUUCCCUAUGGGCUUGCUUCGCAAGACGAAACGUUUUGCGAGUUCUUGCGAGUUUGUUUCCUUUUUCUUAAAGCCGCUAAGCUGUUAAUAGCCGCUAAGCCGCUAAGCCGCUAAUAGCUGUGCUUCGCAAGACGAAAAAGCCGCAAAACGAAGAGACUCGCGGAACGGAUUAAUUUCAUCUUGCGAGGCACCACUGUAAACCACAGUCUCCGCUGCCCCUCAUUCUGAAGGAAACAAGAACUCUGGAACUCCUGGAAUCUCUCACUGCUCAGAGAUUGGGGUGGCAUGCAACAAUAUAAUUACAGUCAGUCAGUUUGCUGUGUUUUAGCAAACAGCCAUUAUACACAUGAAAAUAGUAGUAGUAGUAGUAGUAGUAGUAGUAGUAAUAGUGACUUACAUUUGUACUCCUUAACCUUUAAAUGAUAAAUCCUUUCCCAUACCCGCUUUAAGUUUUAUGUAGAGCCUUAGAAAGAAAUUUAGAUAUUUACUUCUCUACAUCAGACAGCAAAAUACGAGUCUUUGCAAGAGAUUAUCUUCUUUUCUGCAAUCUUAACAAUGGUUGAAUAUCAUUGUUUCUAAGAUCAUUAUAAAUAAGUGGACACUUCCCUGAUGAAUGAAGGAGGGCAAGGCUGAGGUUAACCCAACUCUUUGAAAGCAAUCUGCCAACAUAAUAACUUGCCAAUAGGCAUGUGUAGAACACAAACUGAAGACCCACUGCUGAACAACUUGAUGUGACAAUCCUUAGAAAGCUAACUGUGGGAUUCACUCUCAACACCUCUGGAACUUGACUCAAUUUUCAAUAGUUACCCUAAUAUCGAAAACAAUUUUUGGGGGGGGGGGGGACACACAAGGUGGGUGGUAUAAGAAAAAUAGUUCUCAUCGAUGCUAUCUCUUUUUCUGUCUUAAUUGUAACCCCAUUAAUAUAUAAUUAGCCCAUCAUUUAUGUUUUUAUUAAGGCAGGAUUGUACCUUGUUUGUUUCUAAAUCCCCUUGGAGAAUUUCAAUUAACUCUUCCUUUGUGCAGCUAAGUGAGCUCUGAUUAAACAUGCAUUAGCAUACAAAUGGAAAGUUCACCCCAGGAGAACAACAUCAAGCCCAGAUCAUGGCUUGUAGCUAACAGCUUAAGUCUGAAAGGCCAAAUUAAAAACCCUAAAUACGACAACUAAUGCAAUUUUGAGGGAAGCGAGGUUGGUUCUGACUUGUCCCGGUCUCUAAUACGGGUGAUUCAUUCACUUUACCUCCCUAGAAGUUUCUUUUCAGUCACUGGUUCCAAUUCUGAAGCAGAUUUUUGCCAGUAUGUAAACAGAACUCCCCUAUUUUCAGAUUGUGGUUCUUCUUUAACUCCUUCUGCUCCUGAAUCAAUUGUCCUCCCAUUCCACCACCCCUCUGCUUUUUUUCCUCCCUCAUUGAAUUCAUCCAGACUCUCAUGUGAGCCUUUGCGUUGUUCUGCACCCGAUGAUGUAAGCUUCUCAAUUUUUAAUUCUCCAUUUAAGACGUCUCCUUGUCUGGGUGGCUUCCAAAUGUAAUGAUUCAGCAGCGUUAAUGGAAAUUGCGUUGUGAUGAAAAUGGUUUUGGAAAAACAAAGAUGCCAACACCAAAAAACCACCAGUCAAUAUUAUCUGUGUCUACCCUUCUGGAAGUAAUUCAAAGGCUCAUUCAUUCAAGAGAGCCACUUGGCACAAAUCCCAGGAUUAUCAAGAUACGGAUGGCAAACCAUUAACACACUAUAUACUGUUAUGCACUUUGCUAAAGAGCAUCCUGGUCUGCAGAUCAAUGCAGAACAAAAGGUGGAAGGGUGUAGGUUGGAGGGUGGCUCCUAAGAUCUUUGAGCCUCCUAAGAGAUUUUGGUACUAUCCCCCAGUUUUAAGUAGAGGAGCAGGACUUAGGUGGCAUCCUGUUUCUAGACAUGUGUGUCAGGGAUAGGAAACCUCAGGCCCAGUGGCCAAUGUGGCCCUCCAGUUCUCUUGGUCUGGCCCUUUUGGACUCUGCCCAGGUCUUCUUGGGACUCUGCCCUCCGUCAUCACUUUUGCCUGACUGGAACAUGACCUUGAACUCCGAUAAUGCGUGUAUGGUAUGUGUAGAAACCAGUUUACUGCACAAAGACGAAAUGUACAUUUGUUGCUCCAUCCACUUUUGCAUGUGGCCCCUGGAAGUUUAUCCAGAAGGGAAUUCGGCCCUCAGGCUGCAAACAGUCCCCGACCCUUUUCCUAAACAUUUCUCUCACAAGGAUGAAAUGUCAACCAACCACCACAGAGUAAGCCUGGAGAGGAGAUAUGAUAGCCAUCUUCAAAUAUCUCAAGCUCUGCUCCAUGGAAGAUGAAGCAAGCUUGUUUUCUCCUGCUCCGAAAAGUAAGACCCAAACCAAUGGCUUCAGUUUAUGAGAAAGGAAAUUCCAACUAUGAGAAAGGAAUAACUUUCUGACAAUAAGAGCUGUUCGACAGUGGGGUGGACUUCCUCAGAAGGUGGUGGACUCUCCUUCAUUGGAGGUUAAGCAAGGUGGGAUGGCCAUCUGUCAAGGAUGCUUUAGUUGAGAUUCCUGCAUUGCAGAGGGAGGGUUGGACUAGAUUGGACUUGGGGUAGUUUCCAACUCUAUGAUUCUAAUAGCUAGCAAUCUGCCCGCCCAACAAAGCCAUAGCCAGCUGGCAAUUCUAGCAAUGUUGAAGAGCAGUCUUGGGUCUUGCCAUAAAUCUUCCUUCCCCACUACUACACCAGAAUCUCUUUGUUUCUGCCCUCUCCAGAAACAAUGAAACGCCAGCUUCUGCCUGACACCCAGCCUAUAAAGAAUUCAGCUCCAGCCACGGGCUUAACUUGAGUCUUGACAUUCAAGUUUUCAAAAGAGAAGGGAAAAGGAACAAGGGGGGAGAUUUGGAACUUGGCAGGCAAAUGGUGUGUGUGUGUUUUUUAAAUGCAGCCUUGCAGACUCCCAAAAUACAUGCUGAAUUCUCAAAAUAUGCUGAAGCAGGAACUUUGGUUUCUUAUAAAAUUAGAAUGUAUUAUUUUCCCGUUGCUGGAAUUGAACUAUCUAUCCAGGAUGUCAAGGCAUUCCAUUUUCUUUCGCUUUCUUUCUUUUUUUAAGAAAAGAAAACCUCUGAAUCCUGGUGUUCACAGUAGGAGUUGCAUAUUAUGGCAGUGUUGUUGCAAGUCUUGCUCCAAAGGAGAGAAAUGUUUUUGCAGGGUCAGCUUCCAAGUCAUCAUUAAUGUUUACAGUUUCAAUAGCAGCCAGCAUUGCUAUAGUAACCCUUAAAGGCACAUUCCUCCAAAAGACCAGUUUGGAAGAGAAACAAAUCCUUGUAAUCCCCCUCUGCCCCCCACCCUGCUGCCGCUGCAACUCAAAAUUCCUAACAUGGCAAUUAUCAAAUGCACACUCUUUUGUUGUUUUCUUUUGUUUUUUACAGAUAGGUCCAGAACAAAAUGGGUGUCUUGCUCCAAGAGUGCAUCAGUUGUAUGGAGCUUUGCAAAACGGUGUGUUAUGGAGCUAAUGGAACUAUGGAAUGGGGGAGAAAUUGAAUUCCGAUCACAUUUAAAAGGCGAACCAACCCAAUUUGCACUUUCUGAAAUAAUACACAAAGCAAAACACAGCCGUCCAAUGAAAAUUUGCACCAUUUCCCUACCCCUAAAUGGAACCCAAGGAUGCAGAUGGCGCUGUGGUCUAAAUCACUGAGCUUAGGGCUUGCCUAUCAGAAGGUUGGCGGUUCGAAUCCCCGCAACGGGGUGAGCAUCCGUUACUGGGUCCCAGCUCCUGCCAACCUAGCAGUUUGAAAGCACGUCAAAGUGCAAGUAGAUAAAUAGGUAUCACUCCAGUGGAAAGGUAAAUGGUGUUUCCAUGCACUGCUCUGGUUUUGCCAGAAGCGGCUUAGUCAUGCUGGCCACAUGACCCAGAAAAACUGUCUGUGGACAUAUGUUGGCUUCCUUGGCCAGUAAAGCGAGAUGAGCGCUGCAACUCCAGAGUCGUUCACAAAUGGACUUAACUGUCAUGGGUCCUUUACCUUUACCUUUAAAUGGAACCCAACGGGAUUUGGACAAAAACCUGUCUCUCUUUUUAGAAACAUACCUUUUAUGCCAGGGGUGGAGAGUGAAUUCAGUUAAUGACUAAAACACAUAAAAAGGCUGGGGAACCAUUUUGAGGCAGAGGGCCACAUUUUGUUCUGAGCAACCUUCUAAGGGCCACAUGCCAGUGGACAGGGUCAUAUGCUGGUGGGGCAGCGCAUGUAAAUCUUGCCUUUGUGCAGCAGGCAAGUUUCUAAACCCAUUUCUCUGUCCUCCAUCCAGAAAAGCAAGAAGCGAUAUCAGCAUCCGACACAUUCUCACCAGGCAUAGGCCACAAAUCCCAUCGCCUAAUCUGAAUUUUAACCAGUAUUUGAAGUGCUGUAACAUCUUCUGUAAAAUGGAAGCCAGGGUGGACCUUGGUGGAGAAGACCUAUUUUGCACACAGAAGCUCCCAGCUUCCAUCUCCAGUCAGAGCUGGAAAUAGUCCUGCCUGAAACCCUGGAGAGUUGCUGUCAGUCAGUGUAGACAAUACUGAGAUGGGCGGACCAACAGUAGAAGUUCCUUCUAUGUUAACCAUAAUUAAGAAGGUGGGGAAAUGCAGACGUGUGUUGGGAAAAAAUAACUUAGCUGAUGUCACUUGAUUCUAGAAAAAAAGGAUGAAUGGACUAACAGUGAAAUGAUUCAUCAGCGAAAGGCAAGAGUGUGGUUUACCAAAGAAGUCUCGAAAUGUCUGGUGUACAGAAAUGUCAAGGGACUUGUUUCUUCUCCCCAUCGAAGGGCGUCUUUAAGAUUUUCAGCAGGUACAGUGACCAGCAGACACAGUGAAGGAGAGGGGCUAUCCUGCAAGGCCUGGCAUGUCCCACACAAGCCUUUAGUGAAUGCAGAGAUGGGGAACCCCAGCCUCAGGUGUAAAAUGUGGCCCUCCAAGUCUUUGUAUCUGGCCCAUUAAAUUAUCCAUGGCCACGCCAUCUUCCCAGACCGCUUCCCUCACUGCCCUUCCUCUGUUCUGUUCUCAGCCUUUGCCUGGCUGCUUGUGUCCUUGAAGUGUGAUAACACCUCAUGCUUACCUCGCUGGAGGUGUGCACAGGUGUAGAAAUCUCUGGGUUGCGUGUGACUGGAACAUAGACUAAUGCACAAAAGUAAGAGCUCAUUGGGACGCAGGUGGCAUUGUGGGUUAAACCACAGAGCCUAGGACUUGCUGAUCAGAAGGUCGGCGGUUCGAAUCCCCACGACAGGGUGAGCUCCCAUUGCUCUGUCCCUGCUCCUGGCAACCUAGUAGUUCGAAAGCAUGCCAGUGCAAGUAGAUAAACAGGUACCGCUCCGGCAGGAAGGUAAUAUUUUUUGCUCUAUAAGACUCACUUUUUCCCUCCUAAAAAGUAAGGGGAAAUGUGUGUGCGUCUUAUGGAGAGAAUGCAGGCUGCGCAGCUAUCCCAGAAGCCAGAACAGCGAGAGGGAUCACUGCGCAGCACUCCUUCUCGCUGUUCUAGCUUCUGGGAUAGCCACGCGAAGCCUCUUCAGGGCAGCAGGAUGAAGGCUCCCCCUGCCCUGAAGAGGCUUCACACGGCUAUCCCAGAAGCCAGAACAGCGAGAGGGAUUGCUGCUUUCACUGCGCAGUGAUCCCUCUUGCUGUUCUGGCUUCUGAGAUUCAGAAUAUUUUUUUCCUUGUUUUCCUCCUCCAAAAACUAGGUGCGUCUUGUGGUCUGGUGCAUCUUAUAGAGCGAAAAAUACGGUAAACAGCGUUUCCGUGCGCUGCUCUGGUUCGCCAGAAGCGGCUUAGUCAUGCUGGCCACGUGACCCGGAAGCUGUACGCUGGCUCCCUCGGCCAAUAAAGCGAGAUGAGCGCCGCAACCCCAGAGUCGGCCACGACUGGACCUAAUGGUCAGGGGUCCCUUUACCUUUUAAGAGCUCAUUGUUCCAUCCACUCUUUGCCUCUGGCCAUGCCCAUCAAUGGCAUGAGGCCCUUGGAAGGCUGGCUGAAAGGAAAUGUGGCCCUCAGACUAAAAGUGUUCCCUACCCCUGCCUUAAUGCAGAAGGGGGUUCAUCUGAACACCUCUUUUGUUACUUUUAAGCAUAGCAAUUGCAGGGGCGAGAUGGUUGCCAAGGUUCGCUCCUGCAAAUUUAACUUUUCCAGCCUGUCAAUCCUACUUGCAGCUGACAAGUGGCACCACUGGCAAUUUUCUUUGUUGCUUUCUGAAUGUUAAUACUGUCUAAACCGGCGAUUAUUCUGCUCGUUGGGAUUUCAUUCUGAAUGAAGAUUAGACAUGGGUGGGCAAGGCAGGAGAGGAUUACGCUUAAGCACUUGUCGGCAACAAGAGUCCUCCGUGCGGGAAAGCUUCCAGCUCAAAAACAUGACUAUUUUGGAAUAAUAAUAGCAGCAGAAUGAAAUGGAAAAAAAAAAAUACAAAACAAAACAGCAACUAGUCCCAGGUUAGUUCUCCUCACACCUCAAAGUUCCCUCCUCAAUUUUUUAUUUUUAUUUAUAUGCGUUGUGGGUCUGAAAAGAGAUAUGAUUGGGUGAAGAGACAGCAUCAUGACUCCUGGGAUGCCACUACUGGCCAGGCCAUUGACAGGAGGGUGACUGCCACAAGGGAUCAACCAUGACAUCACUGGAGAGGAGGCAAUAAGGGUCUGGAAGUUCUUGCCUUCUCUGGGCCAUCCCUCAACCAAUCAGGCUUGAGCUACCAUGCUAUCCAGUCCUAUCUGGUGGUGCUAUUGGUCAGUUCACAAUAACAACCCUCAUCCAUGCUACGAUUGUAGAUAAUGUAGAUCAGGCUUCCUCAAACUCAGCCCUCCAGAUGUUUUGAGACUACGCUUCCCAUCAUCCCUGCCCACUGGUCCUGCUAGCUAGGGAUCAUGGGAGUUGUAGAACAAAAACAUCUGGAGGGCCGGGUUUGAGGAAGCCUGAUCAUCUGGUGUGUACUUCCAAGACUUGGGUAGAUGAGAUGAGGUGACCAGGUUUGACCCAGCUUUGCUGCCUGGCUACUCUGUACAGCAGCAGCAUUGCAGUGAUUCUAGGUCCUUCACCAGGAACUCAGUCCACCUGGGGAUGAGCAGUGAAAAAUUAUCCCUGGCCAGAAAGACAAGAAGGGGGUCUUGUUGGUGUAUUACCUACCCAACUGCUCAGCAACAUCCCUGACUGAGAUGACAGAGAUGGUCUCAGGCAUGGUGUUGGAGAACCCCAGGCCCACCUUGUCUGAUUUAGAUCAGGACUUCAUGCCUACCAUAGCAACCAUGUGACUGUCUCAGUACAUCAAUGGCCCAAUGAAGAUUGCAAAUCAUACUCUCAGUUUUCCCACCAGUUGGGUUGGAGGUGAGGGCAAUGUCACUCUGCUGUCACUGACAGAUCAUGCCUUGGUGAAGUUUAGAUUGGUUGUGACUGAUCUCCCUGUACAGCAAGAGGAUGCAUUAAGAUGCUCCACUCCUUAAAAAAUUCUCGAAUCUAAGGGAUUCCUGAAUACUCUGGGACAUUUUCCUGUUGGCAUGCAAGUUGUUCCCAUUGAGGCCCUGGGGUGCAUUAGACAUGCAAAAUAUUACGUUUGUUUUCCUAGUUACAAUGCUAGCACUUCUCUUCCAUUUUCUAACGUUCCUUUCACACUGAAGUACCUGUUACAUUAUGGAACUGUGGCUUUCUUUACCAAUAUACCAGCAUGCCACGCUAAGUUUUAUCCACACCAGUAGAUACGCCCGUGGGGCGAGGCAAGCUGGGGCAUGACGCUCCGUGGGGCCUCCGAGGAGUCUGCCUGCUUCCUCCCACUCAGCCGCCCUACAGCUGAGGGGGAGGUGGCAGGCAGACAGUUUGGGGCAGCGUGGAGCCUGUGGGCGCCCAAGCCACCACAUCACUUCCAGGAGAGAUGCGUGGCUCGGGCGCUCUGCAGGCCACGUGGCAAAUGCCGCCCGGCAUUUUGACACCCCCCUCAGUGGUGACACCCGGGGUGGCUUGCCCUCCACCCCACCCCCUUCCUCCGCCCCUGGAUACGGUGUGACACAAGAAUGAGCCUCACUGGACAACUUUGCUACUCCCCCACCUUUUCUCCACAUAGGUGCUUCUGGUCCCCCAUGAAUCCCUCAUGAAAAUGGCAGGAAAGAAGCAUAUACUGCCCCGAAUGUCCCUUCACUCCCACAAUUUUCCUGGCAAAGGGGGGGUGCAAAUUUUUGGGGGGAGGGAAUCAAAUAACAUGGAUAUGAGCACUAAACAUGAAAGUUCCAAUAUAAUGUAGAACGUAUUCCAAUAUAAUGUAGAAAUUACCGUAUUUUUUGCUCUAUAAGACUCACUUUUUCCCUCCUAAAAAGUAAGGGGAAAUGUGUGUGCGUCUUAUGGAGCGAAUGCAGGCUGCGCAGCUAUCCCAGAAGCCAGAACAGCAAGAGGGAAUGCUACUUUCGCUGCGCAGUGAUCGUUCUUGCUGUUCUGGGUUCUGGGAUUCAGAAUAAUUUUUUUCUUGUUUUCCUCCUCCAAAAACUAGGUGCGUCUUAUGGUCUGGUGCGUCUUAUGGAGAGAAAAAUACGGUAGCUAUUACAGAAACACCAGGAAAAUUGAGUAAACUGCCAACAUGGCUGACCUGCACUCUGUGCGUGUAGGGGUGUGUGUGUGUGUGUGUGUGAGAAAGAGAGAGAGAGAGAGAGAGAUGAGGAAUCUCAGGCCUCUCUGGCCUUGCGAUGUGGCCCUUGGAAAUUUCCCCAGGCCGCUCCUCUUGCUGACCCUGCAUUGCUCCUAAGUUUUUUUGACUUGCUGCAAUGUAUUCUUGAACUCUGAUGAUGUAUUCUUGCAUUCCUGGAAGGACAAUAAAGAGGAGCAUGUGUAGAAACUGGCCUACUAUACAAAGGUAAAAUUUACAGUCAUUGCUCCACGCAUCGUUGCUCCUGGCCCUGCCACCAUUGGCAUAUGGCUCCCAGAAGGAUUUCCAGAAGCAAAUGUGGCCCCAAGGCUGAAAAGGUUUCCCCAGACGUUCUAUGCAUUUUAGGCAUUAACAUAAUUGAUUUGUAUUCUGUUACUUUAUGCUCGCUGACCUCCUUUGGGGGAAAGGGUGACACUUAAAUAUAAUUAAUUGCAUUAUAGCAUAUAAUGACUUAAUUAAAUGUAAUUAAAUAAAUACAUUAAGCAGCAAAGAACUUGCAGUCUGUUAUAGACAUCGGGGCGGCACCUUCCUAUAUUCUUUCCAAUGCCUGAGAAAAACAUUUCAGUUUAGGCAAAUGUGUCCCGACACAUGCAGAAUAUUGACGUGUGUUUUAAUCUGGAUUUCAGCUUAUCGUUUAUUUUGAUUACUUUUUUAAUGUUUCAAGUAGCUGUUUUUAAAUGUUUGCCUUUCCCUGUUUUAUUCUUUCUGUAAACCACUUUGAGGUUUUUAUUUUAACCAAGCAGUAUAUGAACCUCGUGAAGUUGAUAAUGAAAACAAAUAGUAUCACUGCAAUGUUUUUAAGGUUGCAGUGAAAUUCGCAUUUGCAGCCUCGAUGCUGGUCCCUUUCGGGGGGGGGGCGGGACUGCUAGGGUAGUUCGGCCAUCAGAUUUCACAGGAAGGGGAACAUACCACCCCGAAUAAACUGCAACUUGAUGGCGCAGCAUACAUUCACAUCCUGGAUUGCAGUGUCUGCCUGUUCUUCAGAUUUACUUGCAUCACUUCCUCUUUUUCCCCUCACUUGCUUUUUAUAGCCUGAUUUUUCUGGCUCUCUGGUGGGGCUUAAUUUGAGCCAGGGAAAAUGGUUUGAAGCACCAUAGCUCAGCCUUUAGCAUUCUGUAUGUAUACAGUGGAGGGAUAUAGGGCGGCUGUUUCUGCAUUGUUACCUUUUUACAGGGAAAAGAAAAGUGAGGAGGUCUCAUUGCAGAAGUGGAAAUCCUUGCACUGGCAGGACAUGUUAGCUGGAUACGACACAAAGGCAAUUUAAUUAAGUUCAUUUUUUACUGCCUGGGAAAGGGAGAGGCACUUGAAGGCUUUUCUGCCACAAGUGCCAAAAGUAUUUGGUUGGGUUUGGAUAUUAUUGUUGUUGUUGUUGUUGUUGUUGUUGUUGUUGUUGUUUAGUCGUUUAGUUGUGUCCGACUCUUUGUGACCCCAUGGACCAGAGCACGCCAGGCACUCCUAUCUUCCACUGCCUCCCGCAGUUUGGUCAGACUCAUGUUUGUAGCUUCGAGAACACUGUCCAACCAUCUCGUCCUCUGUCAUCCCCUUCUCCUUGUGCCCUCCAUCUUUCCCAACAUCAGGGUCUUUGCCAGGGAGUCUUCUCUUCUCAUGAGGUGGCCAAAGUAUUGGAGCCUCAGCUUCAGGAUCUGUUCUUCCAGUGAGCACUCAGGGCUGAUUUCCUUAAGAAUGGAUAGGUUUGAUCUUCUUUCAGUCCAUGGGACUCUCAAGAGUCUCCUCCAGCACCAUAAUUCAAACGCAUCAAUUCUUCGUCAAAUUGAAUGCAGAGAUGGGGAACCCCAGCCUCAGGUGUAAAUUGUGGCCCUCUAAGCCUUUGUAUCUGGCCCAUAAAAUUAUCCAUAGCCCCACCAUCUUCCCAGACCGCUUCCCUCACUGCCCUUCCUCUGUUCUCUCUUCCAGUGCCUUUGCCUGCCUGCACUGUGUCCUCAUUAUUAUGCCCUUAAUCAAAAGAUCUCAGGAGGGAGGUUCGCAGAAUAAAAUACAAUAUAAAACUCAAGUAAAUAAUCAAACCAAGCCAAUGAAACAAUAACUCCCCUCUUCCCGCAGACACCUUUAAAAGGCUGUAGAAUAUUAAUCCACCCAAGACUGAUUAAUGGAGUGCUCUCCCCAGGGAGGUUUGCCUGGUACCUAUAACUAUAUAAUGAAGGCACCAGGCAAACCUUCCUGGGGAGAGCAUUCUACCAAUGGGGAGGCCCUACAGAAAAGGCUCGUUCUCGUUUUGCCACCCUCCUAUAUGUGACUCGGCUACUCUGUUCCAAUACAUUUUGGGUAUGGUGGUGGGGCUCUUCUCUGUACUUAAUGGUCUUAUGGCAAGCCAGUCCUGCUGUGUUUUGGAGCCCUGAUGUACAUGUUGUGGAGUGGGGCCCUUCACCUCUUCCCCAAAGUCCUACCCUGAGGGCACUACCUUACACAUAUUCAUUAUGACAUCUGCAGAGUGCAUCCAUAUGUGGGAUUAUUUGUGUCUGUCAUAAUGAAUGAGCACUGCUUAGAGAUGGAGCAGCUCACACAUAAACACGCAGAUUGCUAGUUAUUGGAAUAGUAGAAUUGUAGAGUUGGAAGAGACCCCGAGGGUCAUCCAGUCCAAACCCCCUGCAAUGCAGGAAUCUCAACCAAAGCAUCCAUGAUGGAUGCCCAGCCAACCUCUGCUUAGAAACUGCAGAGAGUCCACCACCUUCUGAAGGAGCCCAUUCCACGGUCAAACAGCUCUUACCAUCAGAACAUUCUUCCUGAUGUCAAGUCUCCUUUCUUGUAACUUGAGGCCACUGGUUCGGGUCCUACCCUCUGGAGCAGGAGAAAACAAGUUUGCUCCAUCUUUCAUGUGACAGCCCUUUGGAUAGUUGAAGAUGGCUAUCAUAUCACCUCCCGGUCUUCUCAUGUCACCGCUGUCCCUCUUAUCUAUCUAUAAAGUAAUUCUAGCAGUGUGGACCUAUCAAUUGGUUUAAUAUUUCACCAGAUAUACUCCUGCCACUUCAUUGCUAUGAACCAAGGUGACUCGCCUGAGUUCAGGUUUCUGAGUUCGGUUCAUUCCAGGGGACUGUGGCAUUCUCCAUUGCUUACUGCCCUCCCCCAAAACUCCCCCCACAGGCUACAGGUACAGUAGUUCUAAUUUUCUUCUUAUUUUUUUUAGAUGAUCUUUAUUGAAUUUUUAGUUACAUACUAUACAUACAAAUACAUUAUAUUUCACAUUUGUUCUUGCUCUCCCGAGCUGACUUCCCUCUUUCCUUCUUCUGGCUUUUUUACGUCGCCUUUAACUUGUUGCAUUGUCUUUGUCCAUUUUAUAUAUAAUUGUUCUUCUUCAAUGAGUAGCUCUCAUUUUCAUUACUUAUUAAACAAGCCUUCAUCAUCUUUUUUUAUCCCCCCAAUUUGCUAUAAUUAUCUUAACGCAUCUGCCUUAAAUGCUCUUAAAAGACAUGUAUCUUUGAAGUGCAUGUAUCCCAUGCCAUAUACCAUUGAAGAAUGCUAAACCUGUAUCAUAUACUCUUCAUAACAGGUGAUGGGCACAAUCCUGUAACAUAUCGUAUAAGUGUUUAAUUCCGACAGAAUUCAAUGGCUCUACAAGUCUGAAAAGGAUUAAGUCUGAAGUGACUUGUUAAUAUUUAGCCAAAAAACCCCACAAAACUAAAAGGGUUUCAAAGCUCCAAACCAUUUCCAAAGGAGUUAUCCCACUGCUGGAUCAAAACAGUGGCACAUAUUAUGAGAAUGAUAUUGUUGCUAACCCUGGAGAGAUUGUAUAGAGACAGCAUAUGCACUGUAUGAUAGAUAUCAUACGGGUAUCUCAUAGUGUUAUGCCUGGAUUGCUCAGUUGGUUAGAGUGUGGUGCUAGUAAUGCCAAGGUUGCAGGUUUGAUCCCCGUAUGGAACAGCUGCAUAUUCCUGCACUGCAGGGACUGAACUAGAGAUGAUCAUCAGGGUCCCAUGCAACUCUACAGUUCUAUGAUUCUAUGAAAAUGGUGCUGCUCAGAAUCCUGGAGAUAACAUACAGACUUCAUGAUUAGCAGCCCCCAUUUGUCCUUUAAAGCCUUCUAAGUUGGUGUCCACAACCGGAUCUCAUGGCGGCAAAUUUCACAAUCUGAUUACACACAGCAUGUAGGACUACUUCCUCUUUGUCAGUCCCAGAUGAACCCAAUCACCAGAUGAACCCAAGUUUUAGCAUUCUGAGAAAAGAGUGAUACAGGCUGCUUUGCAAAGAAGGAAGGUGGGGUGCAAGAGUUUAUGGCCCUUCAAAUGUUGUUGGGCUGCAACUUUCAUCCACUCCAACCAGCAUGGCCAACGGUCAAGGAUGAUGAGGAGUUGUUGUCCAACAACAUCUGGAGGCUCACAGGUUCCUCAGACCUGGGAUAAGGGAUACUGAAUCUGGGAUGGGGGCUUACCAGGGCUUAGCAUCAGAACCUUCUGUUUCAUGGCUCAGGGCAGUGCCUCUGAGCAUGUGUAGAAUGUCCUUCUUUUUCAGCAGCAGUGAGGGAUUUGUGGCCUUCUAGAUACUGCUGGUUUUCCCAGUAGUGAUGUAUGGAAGUGAGAGCUGGACCAUAAAGAAGGCUGAUUGCCGAAGAAUUGAUGCUUUUGAAUUAUGGUGCUGGAGGAGACUCUUGAGAGUCCCAUGGACUGCAAGAAGAUCAAACAUGUCCAUUCUUAAGGAAAUCAGCCCUGAGUGCUCACUGGAAGGACAGAUCCUGAAGCUGAGGCUCCAAUACUUUGGCCACCUCAUGAGAAGAGAAGACUCCCUGGCAAAGACCCUGAUGUUGGAAAAGAUGGAGGGCACAAGGAGAAGGGGAUGAGAGAAGACGAGAUGGUUGGAUAGUGUUCUCGAAGCUACUAACAUGAGUUUGACCAAACUGCGGGAGGCAGUGGAAGACAGGAGUGCCUGGCGUGCUCUGGUCCAUGGGGUCACGAAGAGUCGGACACGACUAAACAACUAAACGACAACAAGAUACUGCUGGAAUUCAACUCCCAUCAUCCCCAAUCAUUGGCUAUGUUGGCUGGGAUUGAUGGGAACUGGAGUCCAGCAGCACCCAAAGGGUUGCAGAUUCCCCACCUCUGCUUACAUAUAUUUCUAGUGUUGGGGGCAGAGCAAGAGUUUCUUGUUUGGCCCUGGCUCAGCUCUGGAGGACAUCAGCCUAUAACCUAUUGUUUUGGCUGCUUUGUUAGGAAGAUUACUGGAUAAUAGCCCAGAAAAGCUGAUUAAUGUUGCAUCAUUGAGCAUAAAUUGGUUAGGCAAUUGUGUUCUGAUAGCUGGUAAUCUCUGUGUUUUUGAAUGAGACACCCAUCAAGAGUUUGUAGGAGGCAACAUCCCUCCAGCUCAGGAGGGGGUCCAGAGACAAGGUGUGGAAAAGGUGUUUGCAGUUUGGAAGAGAGAGUUAGACACAAUGAGAGAAAGAGAGGGAAAAACCCAAGUUUCCAAUUGCAGGUAUUGGAGUUAGCCAGAAGUGAGGGUGCAGUCUUGGAGACCUGCCCAGGUUCCUCUCUGGGGGAUCUCCUGCCUCGAAGGAGUGCCAGUUGCCUCCACUUGUGUUGUACUUGUAGAUUAGUUAAUAAGACACCAUGAGUCUACAGUGCUCUCUCAUCCAAAGAAAACUGAGCCUUGCCCGGCCCAGUGCUCAGAGAAGUGGGGAACAUGCAACACUUAUAGUAACAGGAGUAGUAGUAAUAAUAAUGAGACAGCUAAUUCAUGCUUUUGAAUUAUGGUGCUGGAGGAGAAUCUUGAGAGUCCCAUGGACUGCAAGAUGCUCAAACCUAUCCAUUCUGAAGGAAAUCAGCCCUGAGUGAUCACUGGAAGGACAGAUCGUGAAGCUGAGGCUCCAAUACUUUGGCCACCUCAUGAGAAGAGAAGACUCCCUGGAAAAGACGCUGAUGUUGGGAAGAUGGAGGGCACAAGGAGAAGGGGACGACUGAGGAUGAGAUGGUUGGACAGUGUUCUCAAAGCUACCAGCAUGAGUUUGACCAAACUGCGGGAGGCAGUGGAAGAAAGGCGUGCCUGGCGUUCUCUGGUCCAUGGGGUCAUGAAGAGUCGGACACGACUAAACAACAACAACAACAACAACAACAACAACCACUCUUGAGACGGUUGAAACCUCUAUGUACAUGAGCUAUGAUGGCACUAUUUUGAGGGGUUUUGACUUAACCAGGUGUGUAGGGAGAAAUGCCAACAAGGUGGUUCUGAUUACUUCUUCCCUCCCGCAAAGAACCAAAGUGAGAAUGGAUAUUUCUGCAAUUUCCAGUGCACAGAACCUAGUGAGAAUCAAAUCCUAUUAUACAAUCUGUAUCCGUGGCUGAAUUCCGAUGCUAUUUUAUUUUGUUUUGAUUAAUUGAUACACUGUACUUUUAUUAUAUAUUUCAUUUGUAUUAAUGUAUAUUGUUGUUCACUGCUUUGGGAACCUUGAGUUAAAAUGCAGUAUACAUAUAAAUAAACCACACCAUAAUGACAAUACACAACAUUUGUAUGGCACUUUUAAGUAUUCAAGGGGUUUUACAUGCAUUUUCUAAUAAUCCUCAAAACAAGUAAAUGUACACAAAGAGGAAUUAGAAGUGUGUUAGAAAUUGCAUGCAAUUUAAAUGCUAAUUUUCCACCUUUAAAAAUCCACAAAAACCAGGACGGAAUGGACCAGUGACUGAGCACAUGACAAGCACGGAACAGAAGCAAGCUGGAAAAAACAGCCUUGUAAGGCAGCGAUGGGAAAGACAUAGUUGGUGUCAGACCUUUUAUCUCUCUCCACUCCCCCUUGCCAAUGAUCCAAUGGGGCAACUUUGACAGGUGGGUGGUGCCAACUUAAAUAAACUAUUGGGAGGGCCCAUGUAAGCCCCUCCCCCAUAAUCAAUCACAAGACCUGGCAUGCACCCAACAUAUGAAUGACAAUGUCCAUUAACUUUGUAGAGGGCCUGGUCCCCUCAAAUGUUUUAUGGGGAGCGAAGGGACCUUGGCCCCUAGGAGUUGGCUCCUAGCCAUCACUUGCACACACACACACACACACAAACCAAAUGUCCCAAACUAUGAAUGACUUUUAACAUUAUGACCGCAAUCCUCAACCCUUUUAAACUACAAUCCUACACUCACCUAUCUGGGAGCAAGCAUCACUGAACUGCUUUGAGAAGCCAUUAAUAGGACUGAGCUGUUACUCAUCUACAGGCCCUUUUAAAUCCCACUGAAUUUGAUAGAAUACAAUGAAGGAUGCAGGGACGUGGGUGGCGCUGUGGGUUAAACCACAGAUCCUAGGACUUGCCGAUCAGAAGGUUGGCGGUUCGAAUCCCCGCAAUGGGGUGAGCUCCCGUUGCUUGGUCCCUACUCCUGCCAACCUAGCAGUUCGAAAGCACAUCAAAGUAGAUAAAUAGGUACCGCUCUGGCGGGAAGGUUAACGGCGUUUGCAUGUGCUGCUCUGGUUUGCCAGAAGUGGCUUAGUCAUGCCAGCCACAUGACCUGGAAGCUGUACGCCAGCUCCCUCGGCCAAUAAAGCAAGAUGAGCGCCGCAACCCAAGAGUCGGUCACGACUGAACCUAAUAGUCAGGGGUCCCUUUACCUUUAAUGAAGGAUGCUAAGUUGAAGAGUGCAAAGGAAAGAAAGCAAAGUGAUUGGGGCCCUGAUCCUGAACUGAGCAUCUCACAGAGCCAGGUUUUUUUGAAACCAUUAAGGCUCCCAGCCUGUGUGUGUGUGUGUGUGUGUGUGAGAGAGAGAGAGAGAGAGAGAGAGCAAAUGCACAUGGGGAGGGUGCCAAACUGGGUCUGUGACCCAGGUGAAAUAAAGUCUAGUUCUGCAUCUGCAUAAUCUUCUCAAAUACAGCCCCCCUGCCCUAUAGAUUUCAAGGACAUGUCAGAAAGCCCACCAUACGAGGGAAGGGCCAUAGCUUCGCGGUGGAGCACUUGCUUUGCACGUCAAAUGUCCCAGGUUCUAUCCCUGGCGCCUCUGGGUAGGGCUGCCCUCUGCCCGAAACCCUGGAGAGCCACUGCCAGUCAGUGCAAAUGAUAUGGAGCCAGAUGGGCAAUACUUAGAAUCAUAGAAAUGCAGAAUUGAAGGGACCUCGAGGGGUCAUCUAGUCCAGCCCCAUGCAGUGCAAGACUCUCAACCCACACCCCACCCAUCCAAUCUGAAACCAAACUGGAUGGACCCUGCUUAGUUUUGCAAACCUGCUGGCAGUUUUAUUGCUGCGCCAUUGGGGACUCGGUUUGGGCAGCUCCCUGGGUUCCUAUGAAUUUGUCCCAUUCAUAACGUCCAGAUCCUAAACUCUGCCAAACCCUUCUUCCCCCACCAGCCCCAGCUCUCCCUCCCCGCUUGCUCUAACCACUGACCCCUCCAGCCAGGACCGGAUGUAGGUUUGUUGAGGCCCUAAGCUACUGGAGGUAAUGGGGCCCUUUAUCUGUCCAGCUGUCCUUUGUCAACAACAAAUUGCUGCUGUUUUUUGUGUUGAAUAUAUGCUAUAUGGUAAUUUAUGGACCUAAUAUCUAAAGCCAUUUGCACAUGUUGCCAUGCAACCAGUCCAUGCAGAAUGUAGGCACCCUAUAUAUAGAAAAGAGGAAACCAGUGAUAUUUUAUAGAGCAGGCUAGCAGGCGGAGGCCAUUACUGACAUCAUAGGAGCCUACACAACACAAAACACUGUAGGUUUUAUUUUAUUUGUUUUUUAUCUUAUAUGUUGGAAAUGUACAUCCAGGGGUUUUUUUCCCUUUAAUUUUUUUUGGGGGGCCCCCAAGAGUGUGGGACCCUAAACUAUAGCUUGUUUAGCUUAUACAUAAAUCCGUCACUGCCUCUAACCACUGACCCCUCCAGCGCGCGCGGCGCUGGACUGUUUCCUACCCCCCACCCUCCAUCUCCUUCCUCUCCGGGACGGAAGGAGUUAAGUUUGGGAGCGCAAGACACGUUGAGGGGGAGUCGCCCGAGCCGAGGCAGCAAAAACAUCGGCGCGCAUUCCUGGGCAGUGCUCAGCUGCCAGCAGCUGAUUAAAACCAUCUCUCUCGCUGUGAGUGGCUCAGGCCGCCGAAGGCUCGCGCGGGGCUCAAUAUUUAAGCGGAGCCGCCGCUGCGUCAGGGCGCUUGCCGGCUUCCCGUGGCGGGAUCAUGUGGGGAGAGGCGCGGCGCUGAGGCUGGUAAGGAACGCACUUUCGGCCGGGGAGACAGGCAGGCAGGCAGGCAGGCAGGGAGGCAGGCUCCGGUUUGCAGCGUCUGUUUGCAGCCACGACAGCGGCUUUUCGGAGGCGUCCGAGUGACAUGUCCGCGUUUUGCCUUCCCCACCUCCCAGGAGGUAUCAUGGAGAGGCACGACGAGACCGGCGGAGCUCCGGGAUCGACCGGACGAGCUGCCUCGCCGCCAGGCAGCCGGGGAGCCUCCGAGGGGUGGCUGCUGUCGGCUCGAGGGGGCCUAUUCUGAGCAGGGUUCACACGCACACGCAAACGCACACGCGCAAAAAACAUACCCUACACACACGCUGGGUCUCGGUCGGUCCCCAAGGCAGCUGCGCCUCCGAAGGUCUCCAGGUGGCCUUGCCAGACUUGGGAGGCAGGAAACAAUGGCUAUAUUUUGGCCUCUUGAAUUGGGAAUUUGCAUUCCACUCUCUAAUGCUGGGUUGCUUUCUAUAAAAUAACUACAGUGUCUCCUUAGCUUGCUUUUUUAAAAAAAUCAUCUUGCAGCCAAGACUGCUGGGAGCUGCUGCUAUUACUACUACUACUACUACUACUACUACUACUACUAUUACUACUACUAUUAUUUGAGUUUAAUCUUGCCGCAAUUGUAUGGUGAAGUAAUGGAAUGAGUGGGGAGGGCGACAAAGUAGCCAGCUCUAAAUGUGGUGUUUUGCCUGCAGUGUAAAUGUAGCAAUCCGGCUUGAGGAUAAUGUCCCUGCCACAGCUACCCCUUUAAGAGACCAGGACUCCCGGCAUUUCUUAGGAAGGGGUGCGGGGAGAGCGGAAUCCUAGGAAAAUAAACAAGCAUUGGAAGGGGGCUAGGUCAAGGCAGGCAAAUGUAUACAAAACAAUAAAUCUUGCCAUUGAAAUGGUCGUGCUGGAGAGCUUGGUUUGAGCAAGGUGAAUAAAAUAAGGGAGCAAUUAAGCCGCGGAAAGUCGGAGGAAGCAUCCCUUGAGACAUUGCUAUUCAGUUGGCACAGGGGUAUCCUCCAGUCUGCACAGCACUAUUCAGGGAUGAGUGGAGCUAGAGUGCAUCUGUUGUCCCAUGUUGGCUAUCUCUUGUUUGCAUCUGCAGUGCUUCGCUGAUUGGUUAGGCUUGAACUGGGCCCUGGAAAAUGUCAAGGGUAAUGGUUUUUGUGAUCCCUGGCUUGUGUCCUAAACGUGGCAGCUUUCCCUAGAGUAGGGCACCUUCCCAGGUGUCAAAUGCUCCUGUAACUUCUUCCUUGCCCUGGUGGAAACAGUGGUCCAUUUAAAAGCAAGUGGGGAAACAAUAGAAAGUAAUAUGUCCCCAAACUCUGGCUAAGUGUGUGACUUAACAGCUCGCCCAAGGGCUUAUCCCAGGAGUUUGUUGGUAUAGGGUGGUUUGGAAAGGCAAGUUAACAUUUUUAAAACCUCUGGAGUUCUGGGAUUGUGUUGCCUUUCUUCUCUCCCUCUUCCAGAGGUGGUAGGAAAAAUAAUUUCCUAGAGGAUAAAAUAUUGGAUUUAAUACACAUGCAUCUGGAAGAGAAUUUGUAGGGCAAGAAAAUACGUACAGCAAAGGGAAAAAAAUCACAGCACUCUGGAAAAAUGAAUGAAAUAAUACUUUAAGCCGUUAUGGUUUCAGGGGAAAGGGGUUGAUUCUUGUCAACUAUGGUUGUGGGGAGGGAGAUAUUGAAAAGUAUCUGAAGAACGUAGGAUUAAUGCGACCAACAGGUUCAUGUCUUGUGUUUGAAGAAAGGCUUGCCACUUUCUUGGCCUCCAGGAUCAGCGGGGCAUAUACAAGCUUAGUUCCAUACCAAGAAACCUCACCUUUCAUGUCCAAAGCCUUGACUGACUUGUUGAGGCACAAGACCAGUAAAACAUGGCAACUCUAGAAGCAUGCAGUCUCAAAACCCUUAUUUAUAUCAAUUUGCUUCACUGAGUUCCUUCAACUCGAUCAGCAGUCAUUCAGUCAGAAGGUGGAUCUGCCAGACCUCCCCAUCUGCUUUGCUGAUAGACUAGUGACUUUUGGCAGUUUCUCCCCUUGAAAUCUUUCUAGUGCCAGAGUUGGUUUCCUUCCUCCCAAUCCCUUUUCCUUUUGUAAGCACGAAGAGGAAUUGUCAUAUGCUUGACCUUUGACUAAAGAGCAGGAUCAAUGUGCUUUAAAGAAAUAAAAUUGUUGGCCCCAGAAAGCCCUUGAUGGAAUGCCUUCAGUAUCGGCAUGUAGACAUCUUUCCAGCACUUUGUUUGAAGCAGGGUGGUGGUGCUGCCAAACAAUUAUUGCCCUAAAAUAGAAAUGCAUGUUUCUGCAGAAAAGGAACUAAUGGAAGAUGAGGAGCAGGUGAGUUGUAUUCACAGGUGUAAGGAGGAGAGGUGUGGUGGGCUAAUCACCAAAUAGCCAAAAGCCAUGGCUUCUGUUAAUGGUGUAGAUGGGCUGAAAGGAGGGUUUCAUGUUCUACUUCUAGUGUAACUAAUUGGCUGAACUGCCUUUUUUUGCUAUACACCUGCGUGUUUGAAUGAAAGUAGAGUUUGCAGAUGCAGAGGUAGAAGCAUUUCAGGCAAAGCUACUGUGACAUGCUUUUUUCCUCCUCCCUCCCAAUCCCUAUUCCUUUUCUGCUGUAUCAUUCUUAGAUAGCAAACAGGUCAAAUUCUUAUCAGGAGGCUUAAAAAAACAAAAACCUGCUUUGCAAGCAGAAAAAAGUGAGAAUGCCUAGACCUUUCUCUCUGCAGGUGUAAUGCUUAACGGUGGUUAAUAAACAUAAUGUCUUAACGGGACUGUAGAACUUGCAAGCAAGCCUCUGAUCAAGGAGUCCAACUUGACUGAAAUCCAGAACUUUUAUUACCCCUUUAAGCUUAGGGGUGGGCUUAAAAUUUCUGUGGCAGAUAAGGCAAAGCCAUUUUAUUAAUCAGCUGCCCCUUUCGAGGAGCCAUAUGAGAUCUAGUGGAGUCACAGCAUUCUUUAAGGCGGGGAAAUGCCUAGUCAUUCCUUCGGCCACAGCAAGGAGAUGAAAUGUCAAAUGGGAACGCUUAACCUAAUGAGUUAUCUUAUCACAUUCUGUGCAUCUGGGAUAAGCAGAGUUCAUCACCAGGCCAAUAUCUGCUUGGGAAAAAACACCCCAGUUCUUGUUAAAUGUAUAUGUGGAUGUUGGAAGCAUAUGCAUUAAUCAACAGACACCUUCUAAAACCAUGAGGUUUUUAACCUGGUAGUAUGCACUCAUCUUGAAUGUUCAUUACCUUAGCCACUGGGGGUGGUUGUGUAGAAUUCACUGACUGGUUGGCUAGAUUGGUGCUCCCUGAGUAGGAAAAGAGCCCCUAAUUAAAUGUUCUCGAAUAAUCCUUGCUUGAGGUUGUUUGUUCCAAGUGGGGCAUGUCACUCAGCAGUGUUCUAAUGGAAUUAUUUCAGAUGGCUGAGGCAGAAGUUGCCUUUGGCAGAAAUCUCAUUUUAUGGAAGUAAGGGGACCUCUGUAACGUGGCAUGAUGCCCCUAAUCCUUCUGAGAAGUUGCCUUAACUGGAAAUGAGGGUUUUGAUGGGAUGGCAGCUUGGAUUAAGGGUGGGGAGGAGGAACAGAGACUUGCGCUGGGCUGAGACGACUUCCCGGAAAGUAUUGAACUGCCCCGUAUUAAUGCAAACUUGACAAGAAGCUCUGCAGAAAUAGUGUUACUUGAUGGGAGAAUAUAGCAGAUUGUGUGCUGUGUAGGCCUUGUGCUGCUCCUCUUUAAAUAUUUCAGAAAACUUGAACUUCAGAACUUUACUACUAACCAUGUAACAGGGCCAGCUAAGGACAAAACAUUGGCAGUCAACUGUCCAUCACUGCUCACUCAGCAGUUCAGAAUGCAACUGAGUAAUAAAAUGAAGCAUAGGUCUCAACCAAAGGGUGGUGGUGCUUACCCUGACUUGGAAGGCAACGCAUGUAUGUUUUGCUGUAUGCUCCAGGAUGCACCAGCUGAUAACCUCAGAUGUUCUGUAAAGCUGUCUGGUGGACACAGAAGUGGUCUUUGCAAGGAACUGUGUGCGAGAGAAUGCACCAGUUAGAUCUGUUAUGUUGAAGCUGGCUACUAAGUCCCACCAGUUCCUCUUGCUUGGCAGGAUAAUCGUUGAAAUGAAAGCUAACCGCAGUACCUACAAAUUCCACUUGCAGUUGCAGAGUAGUUAACUUACAGGGGUGUUAAUACACUGUUGCUUGGCUGCUGCUAAUACUGUAUACUCUUGAUUGGCCACUGCCACAAUCAUCCUGAGAUUGCAAAUUCUGUAAUGCAUUUGGUUCACACAACAAUGUUAUAAUUCUGGGGCCCACAUGCCAGCAAUGAAUAGACCUUGCAUUAUUUGAUUCAAGGCCAAAAGCAAGAACUUUCUGGCGCUGACAUAGCAGGCCAUGUGACAAAGGCAUAGCAGAAUUCCAGUGAUGCAUUCCUUCUGGAUUAAUACAGGCAAAUCCUGCAAUUUGGUCAAACUUCGUUAUGGCGUUCUAAACAUAGCUGCUCACCCCAAUCUGGAAACCACCCAGGGUAUAUUCCCUGGCUCUUGCUGCAUAAUCCUUAUGUUUUUUCCCCAUUAACUUGCCAUAGCUGGGCUUGCAGCUAUUGAGGGCUGGGGAGAAUAGUCCCAGUUAGGGUAGGCAUAGGUCCUCCUUUUGAGACAGUCCUCUGUUUGAAGGGUUGUGGUCUAAAAGAUGAAGAGCCAUUGGAAGAGAUAGCAACAAACUUGGAAGUUUAGCAGCAGUUAGUACCUGGACAGCAGACUGAACAUUGGUUAACCUCCUGGUCUCUUUCCUACUGCUGUAAAUAUAUAUUGUAAUUCUAAGCUCAUGUGUUAUAAACAGACUUUACUACUACCAUUUAACCAUAAACAUUUUUUUCCAGGGGGACCAUUUUAUUAAGGGAAAUAGAUGGCUAUAUACUGUUGAACUCCCUGAUUGCUGAGCUUUCUCCACAUAUAACCUAGAAGGUUUGUGUUACUCUGUCACUGAUGUUGUUGGAUAUGACAGCUAAAAAUGUGGAACACUUGAUAGGAAGCGCUGGCCGCAUAAUCACCCCGUGGAAGUGAAAGCAGGACGUGGGAGGUGACCCAAAUGGGAUUCAUCUAAGUGGUUGGCUAGUUCUUAGUGUUCUUACAACAGAGGAAAGAUCUCUUGAUGUCAGGGUGGUUUUUGCAGCCAACGCUGUCACGACUGUUUAGCCCUUUUUAAUGAAACGACUUGACUCUCUUCCACUGGAGUUUUUUACUUGCUAAAAGACUCUCUAGGCAGCUGUACUUCCAAGAAUGUCUGUCCCAUGAUUUUGACUGGGAUGCUUGACUUAAGCUGCGCACCCAGCAUACACUUAAAGAACAUGACUUCUCCAAAGAAAUCUGGGAAGUGUAGUUUGUUAAGGGUGCUGGGAAUUGUAGUGCUGUGAGAGGUAAACUCCCCAGGAUUCUUGGGGGGACGCCAUGUGCUUUAAAUGUGUGGGUGCUUAAGCCGCCUUAGUGUCUAGCGACCUGGGAAUCAGUUCACAGAAGUGCCUUAAAACUGUUAGAAACCAUUGGCAUCUUUCAAUGAGAGAUGACUCCCAGUCACCCAAGUAAUUCUCAUGGUAGCGUGAUCGGAAUUCCUCUGGGUUUGGUGGGAUUCUAGGCCUCAAGUUAAAAACCUUUUUUACAGGCAGCUGCAACUGAGUGCAAAAUCCAGAGCUGUGCCAGUUGCAACAGACCUUGCCAAGUGUAGUUUUGUGAAACUGCUAUGGGAUGACUAAACAGUGUGAUAAGUGUGAAGCAACCUAGAACAGCAGCAGCUGGGUUUAGUUGUACAGGUCUGCAUGUAAUAUAUAGCUGGGUGUUAAUUCAGCCUCUUCUAGCUCACAAAAGGAAGAUAAUGGCCCACCUGUAGCAUUGUUGAGCAUGUACAUCAUCAGUGUUUCCCUGCCAAUAUUUCAGAUCAAAUACAGGCAAGUACCCAUGACUGGGAACCCUCCCACAAUGAGCAGGAGGACCACAAAAUGGGCAUCAGUUUCAGGGCUGACUUCUAAUUAUAUUGUGAUGUAGCUUGCAAUGCCCUCUACGGAGAGGUCCCCCAGGAAGACCAUUCCAAUCCAGAGUCUGAAAUUGUCCAGCUGAGGCCCCAUUUACAGUGCAGUGCUGAAAGCUGCCCUUUGCACCCUCUGUUCUUUAUCCCUGUACUGUGCCCUAGAUCAUCCUGCCCUGGUUCCUGAAGCAAGGAGUGUUGCAAAAUAUACCCAUAAACCUAACUUCAGUGGAUCUGGUUGUCUUCAACAGAGAAGCUGCACCAUGCUGUUGGAUUUAAAUAGGCUGUUGAAGUGAGUGGCUGGGAAGCACCUAACCCAUGUAAUGGGGCCUUCUUGGUGGUGGCGCCCGCCCUGUGGAACGGCCUCCCACCAGAUGUCAAGGAAAUAAAUAACUACAGUGGUACCUCGGGUUACAUACGCUUCAGGUUACAGACUCCGCUAACCCAGAAAUAUUACCUCAGGUUAAGAACUUUGCUUCAGGAUGAGAACAGAAAUCGUUCUCCGGCAGUGCGAUGACAGCAAGAGGCCCCAUUAGCUAAAGUGGUACCUCAGGUUAAGAACUGUUUCAGGUUAAGAACGGACCUCUGGAACGACUUAAGUACUUAACCUGAGGUACCACUGUAUUUGACUUUUAGGAGACAUCUGAAGGCAGUCCUGUUCAGGGGUGUAGGAGGGGGGUGCAGGGUGUGUGUGGCCCACCCUGGGUGUCAUCCUUGAGGGGGGUGACAAAAUGACACACUGAGGGGGGCAGCACUUACCGCGGGGCCUGGCCUGUAGCACACCCGAGCCACACGUCUCUCCUGGGAGUCAUGCAGUGGCUCGGGACCCCCGCUGCACGAAACAGCAGUGUGGGGCUUGCGUCUGCCAGGCGGACUCCGUGGGUGCCUCGCCGUGGUGCCCCCAUGCGCGGAUCACCACAGUGCCCCCGUGUGGCGCCCCCAUGUGCAGAUUGCCAUGGCACCCUCAUGUGGUGCCCCCAUGCAUGGAUGGCUGCGGUACCCUGCCCCCAGCGCUCUGGGUGUCAGAGCAGCUAGCUAUGCCCCUGGACCUGUUUAGGGAAGUUUUUAAUGUUUGAUGUUUUAUUGUUUUUAAUAUUCUGCUGGAAGCCGCCCAGAGUGGCUGGGGAGGCCCAGCCAGAUGGGUGGGGUAUAAGUAAUUAUUAUUAUUAUUAUUAUUAUUAUUAUUUAUUACAUACAUACAUACAGGCAUGCACCGCAAGAUGGCAUUCCUGGUGUGUGUGUGUGUGUGUGUGUGUGUGUGUGUGUUGUUGUUGUUGUUGUUGUUGUUGUUGUUGUUUAGAACAUUAAUAGUCAAGGAACCCUUAACAUCUUGCAAAAUAGGAACAGUUACCAGAAAAUAAGCAUUUGGAACAUAUGGUAUCUGUGCACUACAGACCUAAAAUAAUUUCCUCUGCCCAGGGGAUUCCCAUUAGCUGUAGUCUCAUGGCUUCUAGAGAAUCACUUGCAUUAACUUUAGUUAUAGGAUGGGGAAGUUUGUGGCAGUCAAAAUGGUAUAAAAUCUAUGUGCUGCAAGGAGGUUGCCUUUGGUAAUGAUAAACUUGACAUAAUUUGGUAGGUGCCUUCUAAACCUUUUUUAGAUCAGUCUUGGCUUUUAACUUGUAGAAGGAACAAAGAUGGGAGCAGAAGUUGCCUGAGUAAUCCUGGUUUUAUGUGGACACCGUGUAAUCACCGUACCACAGAUGUUGACAGCAUGGGGUGCUCUCAACAUAAGAAGCUGCCCUUGCACAGAAUCAAACCAUUGUUUCAUUUAGCCCAUUCUUGUCUAUAUUGACUUGCAAUGGCUCUUCAGGAUUUCAUAGUGUUUUCCCUCCCAGCCCUGUUUGGAGAUGUCAGGGGUUGAAUUUGGGAGCUUCUACAUGCAAAGCAGAUGCUCUUGUCACUGAGCUCUUGCCCAGGCACGGGUUUAUCACCUCAUCUGCUGCAUGAGGAAACGGUGUAAUUCAGUUAUAUAGUGCUUUUUAAGAAUACAUGUAUUCUAACGCGCCUUACAAAAAUCAAAAUGCAGUAAACAGCACUUAAAAGUAAAGCUAAGCUGGUAUAACAGCCUUUCUCAGCCUUGGGUCCUCAGAUGUCAUUGGACUACAACUCACACCAUCCCUAGCUAGCAGGACCAGUGGUCAGGGAUGAUGGGAGUUGUAGUCCAACAACAUCUGGGGACCCAAGGUUGAGAGAGGCUCUGGUAUAGAGCACUGCCUUCAAUGAUAUCUUAAGUCAUAUUUGGAGUAGACCUAUUGAAAUAAAUGAACUUAAGUUAUCCAUGAGUGAAUGUUUAAGUCCAUUGAUGUAAUGGGUCUACUGAUAUUACUUGAUUGGAUACCAUCCUGAGCUAUGGAUCCAGAAUAAUGUGGCUGAUAUCUUGCCUCUUCUGGGAACUUGCUAGGUAGACUUAGGAAAGCUGUUCUCUUUUGGCCUAAGUCUCCCCCACCUGCAAUUUAGGGGAUAAUAAGGUAGGCGUGCCCAACCUGGUGCCUCCAACUCAUAGGAUUCCUAAACAAUUUGUGGAGAGCAGCAGGUUAGUCAAGGCUGCCUUACAGGAUGGCUGUAACUAGAUUAUGAAGUGUUUCUAAACACUUGAAAGCACUCAGAACAAAUGUUUUUCAGUAUUAAAUAUUGGAAGUACUAACCAAAAAUUAAAUCAAUUUUUGGAUAGGAAUUUGGAGGAAGGUUUCAUUUAAGCUCCCCAUCCCCUCCCAAAAAAGUAAGAAGCUGCUUGUAUAUUAAACUUACUCUAUGUACCAAUAAUGGGAAUCCUUUGACCCCACUCUUUCAGAGGGUGUAUGUUAAUCGGCAUUCAGGAAUAGUGUACAAAAAUGCCUUGUGUCUUCAGCAUCAGCUUUGCAACUUGCCUCCCCCUCCUCCUUGAGAUAGGUAGAUUCAGGAAUGACUGUCCACCCCCUUUGUGUUGCCUGGACCUAUGCAUACCAGGACACUUGGUAGAAUAGUCACAAUAGAUAAUGCUGUCUUUGCAAAUACUUGACAUAAUUGCUAGUGCUAUAUUCUACUCAAGUGGAAUGCAACCAAGUAAUACUGAAUUCAUGCACAUGGCUGAGCAAAGGAUAAAACUGUCAGUGUUAUCUCUAGUGGGAGGUGCAGUUAUUCCUUUCUAUUCCAGAUCAUACUCCUUAGUUGCUGUUUCCAGGACAUUGCAGGCCAGUUGAAAAAAAUGCUCCUUUGUAAAGGACAAUGAAUCUAUAUUAAUACUGAAAGCCCAGACCCUAUGUGGGAAUGGGUAAAGGAGAAAUGUAGUUUCCCCUUGCUUGUUGGCAAAUAAUAACCUAUUUUCUAAUAGGUAGUAAAGUGCAGGUCUCUCCUUGCUGCUUGAUGAAGGGAAAGUCUAACUGGCUUCAGAAGGCAGGGGUAGAGCAGAUCCAGAAAAUACUUGUUUUUAGAGGUCUUUCCUGUAGUACAGUCGUACCUCAGGUUAAGUACUUAAUUCAUUCCGGAGGUCCGUACUUAACCUGAAACUGUUCUUAACCUGAAGCACCACUUUAGCUAAUGGGGCCUCCUGCCGCCGCCGCACCGCCGGAGCACGAUUUGUGUUCUCAUCCUGAAGCAAAGUUCUUAACCUGAAGCACUAUUUCUGGGUUAGAGGAGUCUGUAACCUGAAGCGUAUGUAACCUGAAGCGUAUGUAACCUGAGGUACCACUGUACACAUGAAAAGGAUCUAGGGGUCUUAGUGGAGUGCAAGCUUAACAUGAGUCAACAGCUGCAAAAAAAUGCUAAUAGUCCCACGCUAUUCUGCCUAGUCAGACCAUGCCUGUGUCCAGUUCUGGGCACCACAAUUUAAGAAGGAUAUUGACAAGUUGGAACAUGUGCACAGGAGGGUCUGGAAACCAAGCCUCCUGAGGAACUGUUAAGAGAAUUGAGAAUGUUUAGCUUGGAAAAAAGGAGACUGAGAGGAGAUGUGAUAGCCAUCUUCAAAUAUCUCAAGGGCUGUCACAUGGCAGGUGGAGCAUGCUUGUUUUCUCCUGCUCUGAAAGGUAAGACCCAAACCAAUGGCUUCAAAUUGCAAGAAAGGAGAUUCUGACUAAACACCAGGAAGAACGUUCUGACAGUAAGAGCAGUUUGACAGUGGAACGAAUUCCCUCCGAAGUUGGUGGACUCUCCUUGGAGGUUUUUAAGCAAAGGUUGGAUGGCCAUCUGUCAACUAUGCAUUUCAAGUGGUUGGACCAGAUGACCCUCACACUACAAUUCUAUGAUUCUAUGAAAUUGUGUACCCUAGAAGUCAACUUUGGAAGUCCCAAGUAAAAGCCAGCUGAAUAGCAUGGGUUAUUUAAAAGGUGAUAGCAUACUUCUUAGAUCAGCCUUUCUCAACCUGUGGGUCCUCAGAUGAUGCUGAACUACAACUCCCAUCACCCCUAGCUAGCAAGGCCAGAGCUCAGGGAUGAUGGGAGUUGUAGUCCAACAACAUCUGGGGACCCACAGGUUGAGAGCCGCUGCCUUAGAUUGUGGCUUACUGCCCUCCUGCUUGCGGCUACUUUGCCAUCUUUUAGUAAUAUGUAGUUACUUAAAAACCCAGCUUGUGUAUCUCAGAUACAUUUCUUGCAUGUAGGAAGGAAUUGCCAUCCACGAGUAUCCAAAAUAGCAACACUUAAUCUCUUACCUUUUUAAAAGUCUCUAAUGCUUUAAAUGUAGUAAUACAAAGAUUUUUAAGAUCCUGUUCUGGAUAAAUGUAUGGAAAGCAGAUGUGUCUCUGAAAGUGCUUUUGGUUCUUGGAACUUAAAACCUCCUACCCUGUAGUACUUCAUGAAUUACAAGUGAGGCCUAGGAGAAGGGCAACUCCACUGGGGCCCUUACAAUUUUCUGCAAGUAUUGUGAAGGCUGUAAGCCUGGAUUUGGGGGCUGGCACAGUCAUUGGGCACAGUGAGGCAGUGUCCUUGGGUAGAAGAUGGCUGGGAUGCUGUGGCAAGGUUUUGGGGGAGAAUUGUGUGGCAUAUGGCCUACCUUGCACUGGUGGAGGAUGCUGUUCCUUGCUAUCGCUGAGCGUAAGGUAAGGACUGCCAGUCUAUCCAUAGAAUGAGGAAGGGCAUCUUAUCCUUCACCAGUGGUGGCUGGCAUCCAUUGAUCAGAAGACAAAGGAGCCCAACAGUAAGCAGAGCCAGAAUCAAUGUCAGGCGGACACAACGAUUCUAGUUUUCUCCCAUUCUCCUCAACAGAGUUCUACAAGGGCAACAUUGAGGCUUGGGAGGAGGAAGUCAAGGCCAGCUCCUGGACUGGUUGCGGUAGGAAAGAAGGCAGGCGGGGGCUGGCUGAGGUUGGUGGGCAGUGCCCCAUUUGCCCAAAUGGACAACCCACCACUGUCCUUCACAUUUAGCAGUGAAACGCCUUGGGUUUGAUCACCUGUGGUGGGGGAAACCAAUGAUGGUAACUUGCAUAAGACCUUUUCCCAUCUGUCUAACAUAACUUGUGAUGGUAAACAACAAGUACUGAUAUGAAGGCAGUGGGCAGAUGGUUCAUAGGGCUGUUGCUUGGUUAAAGGACACUUAAUCGGCUGGCAUGUUAUUGACACAGUACAUCUAAAAAGAAGGCUGCUCUUCUAGAAGCUGUGUGUGCAUGAUGGGCCGAUGCCAGGGGUUAGCAUUGUUGGGCACUUGCAGCCAGAGCAGCAUAGCCCUGCUGCAGUCUCUUGGCAGUUUCUGCCCACUGUUCGUGUCGUCUCUCAUUAUACACUGGCUUUGCUUAGUCAAUUGUUACCAGGAUUUAUUUUCUAUCUGGAAGAAGAGUUUGGAUUUGAUAUCCUGCUUUAGCACUACCCGAAGGAGUCUCACAACAAACACUCUGAGGUAAGUGAGGCUGAGAGACUUCAGAGAAGUGUGACUAGCCCAAGGUCACCCAGCAGCUGCAUGUGGAGGAGCAGAGACGCGAACCUGGUUCACCAGAUUACGAGACUACUGCUCUUAACCACUACACCACGCCGGCUCCCAGGACACCACCUGCAUUAUUUAAGUGGCUUUGCUAACAGUAGCAAGGUUAAUACAGCCUAGUUAUGUGGAGCCUCUGGCCCAGGAAUAGCAAACAUGGCAUCCUUCAGAAGUCUACAACUUCCAUUGACCGCUGCCAGUUUGGCCAAUGCUCAGAGUCGUAGUCCACAGCAUCUGGAGGGCAUCACAUCAGCUACUCCCAGCUCCAGCCUAAAGCCAAAUGCAGGCCUCAGUCUAAUCCCUGGCACUCACUACAGACCUACACCAAGCUUCCUUUCUCCAACUCACUGUUCUUGCUCCAUUCCUUCCAUGUUUGUACUGGCAUCUGUGGUCGCUUGUGCAGCAUUGGUGAGAGGCAAAGGGGACUGCAGAGGAAUGGCGCUGAGCUGGCAAUGGAAGAUACCGCUCUUCCUCUGCCACUGGCAGCUUGCUGCAUUUUCCUGCUCCGCACUGUGAAGGGGGUUUGCCCAACUCAAGGCUGAGUUUUCAGCAGAAUUUGUAUUUGUAAGUGUCCUAGCAGGUCAAGGCUCUGAUACACAUGAAUGUGCGAUUGUGCUGCAGAUCCAACUCGGCUAGGCUUCAUACAAAAACGCAGCUCUUUGGGCAUGGUUUUGCAACGUGGUGCUUCAGCCCUACUCCAAACACAAUAAAAAAUAUAUGUAGCUGGGAUUAGGAAUAGUGUAAAUAACAUUCCUUGCUGUGUGUUGAGACUCCUCCGAGCAGUUUUAAGGGCUGACUGUUGGGUAGGGUGAGCUAGUAGCUUCUACGUCCCCCAAGCAACUUUCUCUUAAGAAGCUGCUAUGGGCAAUAUUGGGCUGUUCUCCUUCCUCUUGCAAAGAAAAGAGGGAUUUGGUGGUAGCUUCUACCUUCAAAAGCUACAGUGCUUUUUGUUGAGUCCCAGGCUGUGGGUAAAGUCAGUGUUUCAUGGUAGCAUCCCUAUGGGAAACUAAGCUUUGUGCAGACUUUAAAGGGGCAAACAAGCCCCUGCAGUUACAGCUUGCUCAAAGUGGUAUAGAAUGGAGGUGAGGUGAGGCAUCUUCAUCCUGUAAGGUUCAGUUGCUCAUUCUUCAGUGAAGGAUCUCUUGGCAGAGCACAUGAUUUCCAUAUGUGAAAAGGCCACUAUUUCAACCUCUGGUAUCUCAGGAUACCACAGUAUUGGUAUAGGCAGGUACAUGGCUUGACUUUGUAUUUGGCAAGAUCCUCUGUGUGCUUGUGUAUUAAGCUUCUUUGAGUGUUUGAAUUAUGGGGUAUGCAUCUAAAAUGAAUAAAUAACACUUUCAGGAAUGCCACCUUCUGGAUCCAGUUUUUUCCAGACUUUGGAGCGCUUAUACUGUACAUAUGUGUCUGUUCCCUUUAGCUGACUGGUGUACUUGCAAUGAAAUAUUCAGAAGUGAAAAUUUUGCAGGACAGCUGUGUGUCUUUUUUGCAUAUUGCUUCGCUUCGGGAAGUGUCAGUUGGGAAAGUCCACCUUUCCAAAUGCAGACUGAAAUACAAACUGAAUAGAUUUCUCCCCCUCCCUAGGAAGAACAUUAGGGUUGUCUCUUUUCUCCAAAAGGGUUUGAGAAAUGUGAGGUUGGUAUAUAACUGCAUCUCUAAAUCCCAAUGUAUUGAAACCUAUCUAUCAUCUGCGUCUCGGGCAAAAGAGGCUCCUUAGGACAUAGAAACCUACUUGUCCUAGACUCAGAUAGCUUUGCAUCUGGAAACUGGCAAGAAACUACCUGAAAGCUGUUGACUGACCUGCCCAGAUGAAACUGGAAAAACAUACUUUGGCACUCAGCUAUUGGUUGGCGCUGGUGUAUUUUCUUGAUCUUCUCACCAAAGGAAGUGCCAAGGCAAAUGUUGCAUGGCUUUAUUUUCCAACGCUGGUGCAGCCCAUAAGCAAUUUGUGCUUGGGAUUUAUUGGGGGAUUCCCGAAAAGUCUUGUGGCUCUUCAAAAAGUGCGACAGGCUUGCAGUGUGCUGGGUGAGCUGCGAGCAUGCAGGCUGCAAACAUGAGCAGGCCUGUUGGCUGUAAUUGUACCAAGAAAGGGGAAGCAAAACAUACAGACCUAGCAAUCAUGGCUUUAAGACUACCUUUGGAGUCUGAAUCUACAAAAUGUUGUCCUGGAAGAUCAGUCUUGCUUAUAUUCUGCUUCUCCAGUCAUAGGAGCAUUUACUCAAAUGCCAGUGGGCAUGCCUUCAAAAGAGAUCCUUCGGGACCUUGAGGGAGAUGUUGGGUAGAACUAGACAGAACACUGACUUUGGGUAGUUUAUCACCUAGGCAUCUACAGUCAUUUAAAACUGCUAAACAGAUGACAGUGUUUUAAAUGAGCAUGCUUAACAUAGCUGCAUCUGUUUUGAGAAGAAAACAGUCACAAGACACUGAUCUAGAACAUGUUACGGUUCUAGGCCAUGGACCUAUGUGAUGCCCCCUGCAACCUACUGAAAGUAGCUGGCAGCCUUCUGGCUGCUUCUCCCAGUAGUGUUUACUACAACCAGUAGCUGAAGAAGCAGUUGCGGGGGAGGAAGAAAGUUGUGGGGCCCUUCCCCUGCUAUUCCUCCAAAUGUAGAAGCAACCAGUUGAAUAACAUCUGUGUUCUUUCCUUGACUCGUACAACCGUUGGCAUGCAUGUGGUCAUGAGACAACAGAUCAGAAUUUGUGCUUAAUAGAAGAAUGGAGAGUAACAGGAUUGAGAACUUGCUCAGGUACAGCUACAUUCUAAGGAGUGGUCACAUGAUGUCAAAUCACCUUUUGAACUUCUGCCUUGUGCCCUGUUAACACAUGGCACAAAGCAGAACUGCUUAUUAAUUUUUUAAAAAAAACACUGUUAAGGUACAUCCCAAGUGGAUUUAAGCCCAUUUUGUGAACUCCAUACCGCCACACCUUAAAAAAAAACAAAAAAAAAACAGGCUCUCUCACCUUGGCAAUUGUAGUAUUUACAAAUGUGUUAAGACAGGUAGUAGUUUUACAUCCCUGCAACAUUUCAGUUGCAAAGAUGAUGAGGGACUUGGGUGCCAUGGCCAAGCAAAAGGGUGCAAAGGUGUGGACUGUAUUUGUGCCACCUCAAGAGAGAGAUCUUCAGGCUGCCUGGCCUCUGACCAUUCCCCCCUCUCAUGGUGUCUGCUGGUGCAAUGAGUUCCUUCAGCUGAAAUUAAAGGAGCCUGAGAGCUCUAUCUAGGAGGGAAACUGUGUUUCUUGGCCUCUAUCUACUUGGCUGAAGAGUAUCAAAGGAAUCUCAAUCACUAAAAUAUUAACUUUGUGAAACGGCAACCUUUGUACCCCUAAACAACCUGGUCAGCAUUCCACUUGCUUCAGUUGAGUGAUAACAAGCAUUCCAUCUUGAAGAGAAAACGGGUCUCUAGAAAAAUAAACGAAGCUGUUCAUUUAAUUUUGUUUCUACAAAUAUUUAUAGGUGGCUCCCUCAUAUAAAAUAUCCACGUGGCAUACAACAAAAAUUACACACAUAAUAAAAUGCCGUAACAUACCUAAUUAUAAAACUGGUGGUGCGUCUUGAAGAUUUAAAACAAAUUGAAUAGGCCUGUUUUUCUAGAUUAAAACGGGGGCUGUGGGAAGUAGACUAUGGGGCAGAUGGAAGUGUAGCCUUUGUGGUAUUCUGGAGCAAGGAGGGGCUUGUACAGAUACUGACAAGUCCAGAAUCCCUUCCAAAUCCCACACUUAGGCUUGGAAUUGGUCCACCUCUGUGCAAAAGCAUGUGGAUGGCACUGCUGCCGCCAUUGCUUGUCCUAACCUGAGCAUGCAGCUGUCUGGUGCUUAAAACAACUGUGUGUCUUACUCAGUAUAGCUAUGUUGAUAGGGUACCUGUCUUGCGUCCAGUUCCCAGCGCUGUGUAGUAAGAAUAGACUGCAUAGUAAAAUUAUAUUCUCCGUAACGCUUGAAUCUUAAGGUGCAGGGCUUGAAGUGUCUUGUGAAGGCUUUGGAUUGUUUGAGGCUGUAUGUUAUCUGUUGAAACAUCUUCCACAAAUGGCUGAACAAGUGACUCACUGGUCCACUGAUGCAGUGCUGUAUUGCAACUUCAAGUCUGCAAAGCGGGGCUACUCAAAAGUAAACACACACCCCAAGACCACAAGCAUUUGAUGCCUGCAUCCCAUGUCCUAAAUACUUUGAAAUACAGCCUCAACUAGAAUUUCUAGGAGGUCAAGCUCAGCAAAAGCAACUCUGCCAACAGCAGCCGGCAUUUCAAAGCUGAACCAAAUACCUGUAACAGGAAUGAAGGCCAGGUCUCGUGCAUAUGGACAUUGCAUAGCUAAUAGUGACCUUCCUGGCCUGAAAACUGUAGAUGUCCAAAGGCUUGCAGCUGAUCAAUGCAUGUAGAACUAGUCAUAUGGUGGAGCCUUCCUGGUGCUGUACCACUGAAAGCCCAACCCACCUACCACAUUCAAAUAACACUCCCAUAGCGUAAAAACCAGUGGGGGUGGUAGCUAGGGGAUAAGAGUUCUCGAGUGUGCCAAUGACCGUUCCAUGUUUUAAAGUGGUGCAGCUCUCCUAGGCAGUGGCGUAGCGUGGGGGGCGGGGGGGCGGCCGCACCGGGCGCAACAUCUUGGAGGGGGGGCGCUCGCAUUCGCAGCUCUCUGCCCCUACUAAAAUCCAUGGGUUAGGGGCGCAAAUUACUUGCCUUGCUGACAACCCACGCUACGCCACUGCUCCUAGGACUGCGUAAUAUUAUUCCCCGUCCAUGACUUCUAAGGAAUUGGGAUCUGCUGCAUUCGUGUACCAUAACUUACAAAGUUUCCCUAAACUAAAGGCUAAAGGUAGCAUUCUGAAGAGCCCUAGAGAAGCUUAAUAAACUCCCUUGCACAAACCAGAAUGAGGUCCCUAUGUGCAGGAAUGUGCAACCUCAGUAGCUACUUGAAGCAUGUGUCUUGGUGACUGGUUUACUGCUGUUUGAUCUCUCCUCUGCAACAGACCCCUGUCUUCAAUUCACUUGGAGAAACCAGCAGAGUCUCAAAAGUGAAUGAAAGGCAGGAUUAUACCUUGCAAUGUUUGUGCCUUGGGUAGGUUAGUUGCUCGCUAACAAAUCUGUUAGCAUGAUGUUAUUCUGCUAACAGAUGGCAACGAACAGGAGAUGGAAGGGCCAGCAGCAUUGAUUCCACCCACGUUCAUUCCUAUGCAAGCUAAUACUAGGCAAAGGCACAUGCCUCAUUUGUGCAGCAGAAUGUCUGGAGUAUCCCCCUUCAGCAUAUCGGCUGCAGACUAUGAUCCACAGUCAAAUGAAGUGAUUGGUGGGUGUGUUUCAUAAGAAAUGCCUUUGAGAACCUCUAUUUACCCAGCGGCAGGAUGGCGGGGAGUGUGCAAGAGUCCUUGGUCCGUGUGUGAUGGUCUUAAAGUGCCUUGUCCUUUAGUAUUGGUGGGGCUAGAUUGUACACACAUUCCCAGCCUCAACAGGUGUCCCCACUUAAUCUAAAUUCUAGCACUACUGUAAACUCUGAAUGGGGCCUGAUACGGGUUUGUACCCAUAUCGUGGAUGCAACCAUCAUUCUGUAAAAUGAAGGCAUUUGUUAUAUGGCAUGCCAGGAUCUUUGUAACUGAAUCACAUCAAGUCUUCAUGAGUAAUUCUUCACUGCAUCCUAAACUUAUUGUUGAAGGAACAUAAGCUCAGUAGCAGAGAACAGAAUAAUAAAAAAAAAUAUACGUUGCCCUUCUGACUGGGUGGCUUCCAGAAAAAAUACAUAAAAGCAAAAAAAAAUAAUUAAAAAAAUAAUGUAUAUGUGUUGCAUAUAUGUAUAUGUUUUGCAUAUAAUAGGUCCAGUUUCGGUCACUGUCCAACUCCAGUUCAAAAGGCUCAAGUAACAGAUAAGGACCGCCUUCUGUAGUGCUGUGCUGAAUGAACAAAUAGUCCUGAUAUAAAGCAUCAUUUUAUACUCCUGUUUCUUGAGAAUUAUGCUUUGUAACUCUUCAAUGCAACACAGUGGCAACACUGAAUUGAAUCCCGAUUUUUGUCUCCUGAAGGUCAGAGUAGUAUGCCUGUCUGCUGCUAGCUGGAUUCCAGUCACGUUACCAAGUGCCGCAUUUGCUCCUGGAGUUGAGACUGGCCUCUCUCACCAUGUCGAACGAAGUGGAAGCAACUAGUGGAAACAGUCCGCCUGCCCAGCAACAGGCACCACCGAAAACACAGCCUUUCAAAAAGGAGAAGAAGAAAGGUAAGGCAGGAGUGGCACCAGGAGGCAGGACAGCUCUGCAGCUCCUAAGGCAGAGGUUGGCAAACUAAGGCCCGUGGGCUGGAUACGGCCCACCGGGCUUGCUAAUCCAGUCUGCGAACCUUGCGGUCAGUCCCCGCGCGGGGACUGACUUCCGUGACGCGGGCCGGGUUCUGAUUGGCUGCAGGAAGCUCCUGCAGCCAAUCAAAAGCCGUGAUGCCUCUGGGUGGGCAGCGACACUGGCAUGGUUUCUGAUUCAGAAGCCACAGACGCCUCUGGGUGCCACCCCUUCCUUCCUGCUGAGGUGGCCGAGCAGGAGGAAGCAGCUGAGCGGGAAGAAAGUGGCAGCGGCGUGGAGGCUGCCUCUGCCACCCAGGCCAGCAGCAUGGGCUCUGUGCCCCGCCAAGACAGAGGAUGCCAACACCGCCGAAGACUAGGCAGUGUCGGCGGCUGCGGCAUGAGUGGCAUAGGUGGGCGGGCCUUUCGGGAGGGGUUGCUUUCAGGAGGCGGUGGGCCCAGCCCCCCACAAGGUCUGAUGGACAGUGGACCCGCCCCCUCCUGGAAAAGUUUGCUGACCCCUGUCCUAAGGAGUUGCCAAUAAUUAAGAGUUGCUGAAAACAAGCAGCAGUUGCUGUGGUAAAUACUCGAUGACAGGGAAUUUAGUCAAUUAGUUCUCAACUUUGCAACCUUACGUUCACAAAGCCUGUCCAUCAUUAGUCCUUUUGAUGGGUGGUUAGUAACAAAAUCGUGGAGACUCCCACCUGCCCAACUGGUUUUUGGUUUAAAAGGAGUCAUAAACCAGAGCGUUGAAAUAAGCAGACAAGCAGGAGUUUGGCAGAAGGCUGCCACCUAGGGGCUUUGCCUUGGACUGCACAGUCACAGAUGGAUCCGUGAGUAAGCAGACAGUGGGCAAGGAAUCUGCCGCAAACUCUGGCUCUUUAUACCUAAAAUGUUUGUGAGUGGAUUGACCCUACUCUUACCCAAGAGCAUUCCACUGCCAGUGUGGAGAUGAAACGGUGGUUACACACUGAAUGUUGGUAUAGCUGAUGGUGCAUUGUUAGGAAUGAACAGAGAUGCAGGUUCUGAUUUUUUAAUAGCCUGUGCAGGUCAAACAAAAGCACAUGACCAUAAAACUGGUUUUUCAGGACCAGAAAAGACAGAAGAAUUUCUCUUGGCCAGAUUUCAAGGUGAUGGUGUAAGAUACAAGGCCAAACUGAUUGGUAUUGAUGAUGUCCCAGAAGCAAGGGGAGACAAGAUGAGUCAGGAUUCAAUGAUGAAGCUGAAGGUGAGUCUCUCGUAUUUCCUGCCUCUUUGUUUUUUUAAGGUGUUGGAUGAUGAUUGUAGUUUCAUGGGGGCUAGGGAUUACUAAUGGCAUCCUUGCAAAACUGCAGUUCCUAGAAGGUAUUUUGGCAACAAUUAUUAUAGGACCUUUCCUCAAGUAUCUUAAACUAGUGGAGAAUGGGUCCUAGCACAUACUGCAGGUUGCUUAUAGUGCUGAUUCAGAUAACAAUAUAUAGUGGCAAAGUCGAAAAUUUUCAGGUUAAGUGGAAACAUUGCUAGAACAUUAUGCUGUAGAUAGAACUUGCAUGCUGUUUUGGGACUCAGGUUUGUUCCAUUUAGCUUCUUAGGUGGAAUGUCACCACCUCAUGUCAGAAUUUUGUUUAUUUCCUCCUGCAAAACAACUUCAUUAAGACAAAUGAGUUCUUGCUUAUGUAUUGAAACAGUGCUGGUAAAUUCCUCUGAGACAUGACUGUUCAUAACACUGUCCUCCCACAGUGUUGUCUGAAGGCCACACAUGAUGCCUUCAUGUACUGAAUGACCCUCUGAAUAGCCUCUAGGUGUGGUGGUAAUGCCUGGGGGCUGCUUGUCAACAAACACUUUUGAGUUUCUAAGUUUUACUUAGACCUGGAACGCAAGACAAAGGUUGCAAGACAAUCCCCCACCCACCCAAACAUGCAAUAAAUCCUAAAAUGUGAGGGAACUGGGGAGCAGUAUAUAGCUGGUAUUCGACUUGGCAUUUUCAUAACUCAGAUAUAGGGAAAUUCAGAUAUGCUGAAAUGAAGAUUGUGUUAUCCACUGGUCAGUGGCCAUGUUGGCUAAUGGAGAGUUGGAGUCCAACAUCUGGGAGGGAAAUGGAUUCUCCAUCCCUUACCCUAAGUGAUAGCCGUAAGCUGCAAUAAGUUUAUAUCGACAGUACGUCUUGAAUACCGAAAUGUCUUUGCUGUUCCAUUUGUAGGGAAUGGCGGUAGCAGCCCGUUCUCAAGGACAGCACAAACAGAAAGUAUGGGUGAACAUCUCUCUUGCUGGGAUCAAAGUCAUAGAUGAGAAGACAGGGGUAAGUUCUGAGGAGGCCAAGCUGAACCCAUUAGGAGAAACUGUCCAUUCUCGUAAUAAAAAAAAAAAGUGCCAAUCUAACCUAAAACUUGUUGGGGUGAAGAAACUUCUAAAAAUGUGCUGAACUUAAAACAGCAGCUUUCCCAUUAGAGACAUUUCAAAGAAAUGCAGAAACUGGCCCAGGCCAGUUAAGUUAUCCAUCUAGUUAAUUACCCAUCCAGGUGAAGUAUUUCAUAAUGGACCAAACUCUAGUGCCAAACCUCUAACGUGGGGACGGCUGUAGCUUUUCUAGCAAACCUUGACUCACCUCACAGGUCACUUCAGCCCUAUCUAGGAAAUUCUGGCUGAUGAACACCAAGUGAAAAUUUUAAUUGGGGCAUUCUAUUUUUCUUGGGCUAAGGGCUAUGUAAGAAACAGGCAGCUUCCAGUCCCUACUGGAGUGUGUGUGUUUGUGUGUGUGUCAAUGACUUAGUGUUUACUUCUAAGCCGAAGAUUAAAACUUUACCAUAAAGCACAAACUACUCCUAACAAAAUAAAAAAAAAUUCCUUCCAGUAACACCUUGGAGACCAACUAAGUUAUUGGUAUGAGCUUUCAUGUGCAUGCACACUUCUUCAGAUAGAAAGCUCAUACCAAUAAAUAACAUAGUUGGUCUCUAAGGUGCUACUGGAAGGAAUUUUUUUAUUUUGUUUCAACUAUGGCAGACCAACAUAGCUACCUACCUGUAACAAUCUACCUUUUCUAACAAUCUCUGUGCUAUUGCUAUAAUCUUCCCAGUGCUGAGAUAUGGUCCAGAGAUGCUUCUGGUCAUAGCACGUGCACAUGCAGUGCACGCCUCAUACAGAGAGCCUAAAAUAUUUGAGCUCUAUUGAUGCUGACUACUUUGUUGAAUGAGGAGUGCUGAAACAAAAGCGAGCUGGACUGGCAGCAGUCUUUAUGGGGAAGUCAAAUUUCCAGGGCACACUUAAGACAGCAAAACAUGAACAAGUCGUUCUCAUAUCAGUGCUCCCAUAGAACAGGACUAGAAUCAUGGGCUUGGAAGACGGUUGACUUUGGACUUGGGGUGGAGGAUUCUUGACUUGUGUAAGAGCAGUUCAGUGGGACCAAUUACAUAAAAGGGUAGUGAACUCUACUGUAGAUCUUCAAACAGAAGAAUAGGCACCUGCUAGGGGAUGCUCUGCAAAGAGUGGCCUACAAGACCACCAGUGCAAGGUUUACACAUUUUCAAGAGUUAAAGUCUGGCACCAUGUCAUCCACUUUGAUUCCAGGUUAUUGAGCAUGAGCAUCCAGUCAACAAAAUAUCCUUUAUAGCCCGGGAUGUGACUGACAACCGUGCCUUUGGCUACGUUUGUGGAGGAGAAGGGCAGCACCAGUUCUUUGCCAUCAAAACAGCACAGCAGGUAAAACUUUACAUCGUGGGACCAGUGGUGCUGAUGUGCUGCUCUUCUAAGUAGCAUUCUGGGUGCAUGUUCAAUGCUGCACAGUACAAAAUUGCAAAUGGAAGCUGUCGCUCUCUACUUAAAUUGCAGGAUUGACAAAAUUUUCACACCGAGUAUGGUUAAAACUGGGGAAGUGGUUGCCAUAAGUGUUUUGGCCACCAACUUGGAAGCUUAGAUGUACUGUUAAAUUGCUUAUCUCUGAGGCUUGGCAUUUGCUACAUAUUUAAUAGGUUGCAGGGGUUGGAGAAAUGUUGAGCAAGACCAGUGUGGUGUAGUGGUUAGAGACUAAGACCUGGGAGACCAGGGUUUAAAUCCCCACUCGGUCAUGAAGCUCAUUGGGUAGCCAUGGGCCAAUCACCAACUCUCAGCCUGUUUGGGCAUUUGUUGUUGUUGUUUAGUCGUGGCCGACUCUUCGUGACCCCAUGGACCAGAGCACCCCAGGCACUCCUGUCUUCCACUGCCUCCCGCAGUUUGGUCAAACACAUGCUGGUAGCUUCGAGAACACUAUCCAACCAUCUCAUCCUCUAUCGUCCCCUUUUCCUUGUGCCCUCCAUCUUUCCCAACAUCAGGGUCUUUUCCAGGGAGUCUUCUCAUGAGGUGGCCAAAGUAUUGGAGCCUCAGCUUCAGGAUCUGUCCUUCCAGUGAGCACUCAGGGCUGAUUUCCUUCAGAAUGGAUAGGUUUGAUCUUCUUGCAGUCCAUGGGACUCUCAAGAGUCUCCUCCAGCACCAUAAUUCAAAAGCAUCAAUUCUUUGGUGAUCAGCCUUUUUUAUGGUCCAGCUCUCACUGCCAUACAUCACUACAGGGAAAACCAUAGCUUUAACUAUAUGGAUCUUUGUCGGCAAGGUGAUGUCUCUGCUUUUUAAGGUGCUGUCUAGGUUUGUCAUUGCUUUUCUCCCAAGAAGCAGGCAUCUUUUAAUUUCAUGACUGCUGUCACCAUCUGCAGUGAUCAUGGAACCCAAGAAAGUAAAAUCUAGGGAACUCUAAACACAGCAGGAAAUUGGAACACUGGGAGAAAAUGCCACUAGUAUAGGCCUUUAAUUCUGUUCCUUGAAUUCUAUUCCACUCCAUUUGGAAAUGAGCUGAACUGUGAAUUCUGCCACAAAGUGGAAAUCUAAGUCCUGUCCAUUCACUCACUCACUCACUCACUCACUCACUGCCUGUUAUUCUCUUCUAGGCUGAACCUCUAGUAGUAGAUCUGAAGGAUCUAUUCCAAGUAAUCUAUAACAUGAAGAAAAAAGAAGAGGGUGACAAGCGAAAGGUAAUGCUGUCUGUUGUUAAGUUUUCAGAUUUUUAGGCUGCACAGUAGCCAUACCUAAGAUAAAUGAAACCUGCUAUUGAUCUAAAGUGGCAGUGACUGAACCAUGAACUUGGUUGAUCUAAGAUAAAUCCUACACAGCUGGAAGGAGCCUGUCUAAACUUGGCAAUACCACUUACUCCCAGAUAAGUCCACUCUUCAGGUACAGAAGAUCAGUCAACAAGGUAAUGGGGUAAAAAGGAAAAUGAAUUCAUCUAUUUGGGUUGGAAGAUCUGUUCCAGGGUGAGGGUGUAAAAAAGUAAGUAGGAAACAAGGUCAGCAACCCUAAAAGUAUCAGUCUAGCCUGAAGGAAAUUGAGCACAGGUUAAAGGACAGACUAGGAAGCUUGGAGGUUCCUCAGUCUGCUCCUUCCCAUGCAGACAGAGUUGCCUGCAGUGCAAUCUGAGUUGCAUCUCAGCAGUUCCAACAUGUAAUAUGAUAUCCCUUCCCUUAAGGGAAGGGACCAUAGCUUGAUAGUGAAGAACAUACCUUGCACCAAGCAGAUCCCAUCUAUGAGUUGUGCAUGCUCUAGUUCAGGUAGCAAGUGAUGGGGCAGACAUUGGCCUUCGACAACUGCUGCCCAUCGGUGUAGACAUGGACAAAUAUAUAAAGCUUUUCUAUAAAUGUUGAUGGCAUGAUGUCUUUUUUCUUUUUUUUUCAGAACGAAGAGGCCAAUAAACCUGUUGAGGUAAGAAACAAAUUGAUCUUUAGGCCUGAAAAACCAAAUGCAAUUGCCUGUUAGACUUUUAAGUACAUUUGCUGCUUACAAACAAUGUGAAAAUGGGGGAAAGCUUAUUCUUACUGAGUAUCUGUGUAGCAGAGACCAAAAAACACACAUUCUCUCUCCUUUGUUCCAGAAUGGCAGUGAUGAAACAGCUACUGAACGAGCCGACAAAAUAAAGCUGGUAUGUGAUUUCUUUUUUCUUCUGUAUCAUGCCUCCCCCUCCCCCCGUCAUGGGACCAGUGAGGAAUUCAUGUGGUUUCCAGAUAGUCACCCACCCAGGCACUGACCAGCCCUGGUUGACUUCAACAAAAUAGUGGCCUCUUCUGCUUUGAGACCACACCCAAGGUCCCUAGAGAGGUUUCACAUAUGAGCAGCCAGUUGAUUGACUGAACAAACUGAACUACUACAGAGAAGUAGACCACAGAGACUUGGGCUUCCAAGCAUGCUCUUGGUUAGACUCGAAUGACCUUGCAGGCUGAGGUGUAUGAUAGAUUUUAAUUUUCUGUCCAUUUUGUUCUUAAAGGGUGUGGAGCAGAUGGAUCUGUUUGGAGACAUGUCUACUCCUCCUGACCUGAACAGCCCCUCAGUGAGUAGUAAAGACUUGGAUUUGUAGUGUUGAUAGCUUUUUAAAUGACUUAAUGGUAGGAGAAAUCUUCUAAGGACUGGCCUGUCUUGGAUGCUUAGGGGUGGUUUCAGAUGAGCAGUUGACUACCUAUCCAUAUGAUUGAACUUUUCUAUAUACAAAUGUGAACACAGUCCCACCCCCCAGAGUAAGAUGCAUGAAAUUGGGCCCAUUGCCCAUUUGUACCUAUCAGGAAUUGCCAUGUUGGCAGGAUGGCAUUGACUUAGUAGAGGGGUAGCUAAAAUGGUGCCCUUCAACUCCCAUCAUCCCUGACUAUUGGCCAUGCUCACUGCAACUGGUGGGGAGUAUCUGGAGGGCACCAUACACGUUACCGUAGUUUAGUGGAAGAGAAUAUGCUUUAGAGAUUGGCUCAGCCAUAUUAAAUACACUAUUCAGGGAUUCGAACACUGCCGCCAGAAUCAAAGCUGUGAACCAGUAUUUUAAAAUCCCUACAUACAUGUAGCUGGAUGCAUUGGGACAGGGAAUAUAUGCAAAAGUACAAUGUGCUUCUCUAAGAUAUUCCGAGCAAGGGUUGAAAAGGAAACUAGAAGAAGUACGAAGCACUGAGAAUCCUGGUUGGAUUUAUGUGACCACAAUUGCCGCCAUGUUCAGGCUUCCUAGUCAGAUGCCUUUGGGAAGAUUGCAACUCUUGGGUGCAAGUACUUGUGGUUUUUCCAGACAGGCCACCAUGGCAUUAGGGGUCCUAUCCACGAGGAGGAGAAAGUUGAUAUCUGGGGCUACCCCCUGGGCUGAACCUAAAUACAAAGGUAGGCCCAUGGGAGUUGGCCAAGAGCAGACUGAGGUUAGUGGUUUCCAUUUUCCCUAAUGGACCAGACUCCAUUCAGCAUUGUGUAAACAUUCUCUCUUUACCACAACUUCAGAACUGAUGCUCCUGAUCUUCAAAUCUCCUGGUUGAUUGUCCAAUAAGUGCACAAAAUUCACUACAGGGUUACCUAUCAAAUGUGAGGGCAUGGGAGUGUGUAGUUCACAGGUUUCUUAUUUUAAGAAUUGCUGGAGUCCAUUGCCAUUCUGCUUGCUCUGUGAUUUUUAAUAAGCACAUGAGACUCUCUUGCACAUUGUCUACAGUGUCUCUUCUGCUAAUCAGUCUUCUCUCUCAAACCUAAUAGGAGGAGGAUAAAGAGAUCCUGUUAGUGGAUUUAAAUUCUGAAAUUGAGGCCCCUCCGACUUCUCUCAAAGAGGAGGAUAUUUUCUUGAAUGACAUCGCGCCUCCCCUACCACUGUCCAAGCUGCAGCCACCUUUCUUGCCUGACAAUGCUUUCUCUGCAAAUCUCAGCUUCUUCCCCACCCCAAAUCCUGACCCUUUCAGGGAUGACCCUUUCACGCAACCUGACCGAUUGUCGCAGCCCCCAAUUGAUUCUUCUCUGAAGCCUCCCAGCCAGAAGAUGGGAAGUGUUGUGACUAGCCCCAUGGGGAGCGGUGGUAUGAAUGGGGAUGUAGACUACUUUGGGCAAGAGUUUGACCAGAUCUCCAACCGAACUGGCAAGCAGGAAAUGCCAGCCAGCCAGUGGCUGCUUGAGAGUAAGCCUGCCCAACUAGCCGCGAGGACUCCAAAUGGGGUGCCGGAGAGAGAACAGAACGGCUUCCCUGCCACGUCCCCAGUAAAUGUCUUUCUGGAGAGCUCUUCCAAAGGAUUACCAGUGCAAAAUGGAUUACGGCUAGACUCCGAUAGCAACGGCCAAUUGAUGUCGCAUGACUCUAUCACGAUUAGCCCACCUCCCCAAAGCACCAAGCCAGGAAGAGGAAGGAGGACUGUUAAGGUGAACAAUGGUGCAUGCACAGAGUGGUGACAUGCAUGUUUUCCUACUUGGACUAGGUGAAGGGAUUUCCCUCCCCCUUCCUCAACAAAACCUCUGCUGGCAGAGAACUAGCUUGCCUUCGGUCCUCUUAUAAGCUGUCGGUCAUAGCCAUAGCAAACCUUAAACUCUGUGGCUUGGCUUUCUGUGUACAUCAAUCAUUCUUUCUAAUCCUAACUUUCCUCUCUCCUCCUAAUGCUGCCAUGUCUCUGUAGCUCUGGUAAGUAAGACGCUUAAACUCCUAAUGCAUGUGUUGAAUGUAGCUUUGGGGAGAUCAUUGGUGUAGUUCAGUAACAAGGUGUCGAGGUGUUGCAUCGGCCUUGCAAUAUAAAAUAUCUCUAUUUGGCUGCAGCCCUUCUUGGUUGCUACCGUACAGAACUGACAGAGAAUAUUGUCGACCAAAGGUGGGUAACUUGUUGCCCUCCAGAAGUCGCUGGACUACAAAACCCAUUGUCCCUGACCGUUGACUAUGCUGGCUGGGCCUGAUGGGUACUGCAGUCUAAAACGUCCUAGAGGUUCUCCAUCUCUGCUGUAGAUGGGAGCCCACACUCAUCUUUAAUAAGAAUCGAUUUAACUUAGAUGCACACUAUAGGACUCUUCAGCCAUUCAGCCUAUAGGACAGUUUGGGGGGGUUGUAGUGCUUGUAAUAGCAAUCUGGGCAAUGUUUAACUUCCUGUACAUAUAUAACCAUUAUGCCUGGUGUGUCUUCCCCACCAACACAUUUCCAGGGUUCAGCCAGUAGUGACCUGUUUGGCUCAGGCAUCUUUGCUCCUGCAACAAGCACUCUGACAACUACAGCGCCGCCUCCACCUGCACAGACCAAUCCUCUAGACCUCUUCAACACUAGUGCUCCUGUAGCAGCACCCAUGCCUGUACUAGGUUAGUAAAGUCUGUUCUUUCCUUGAGGCAGGGAUGGAGAAUCCUGUUCUCGGGCUACAAGUCCCAUGAGCACCAGUCAGUGUGGCCAAUGGCUUGUGGGGUUGCAGUCCCAACAUCUGGAAAGCCAUGUUGAUGGAUCUGUGUGUACCUUCGUUGCAAAGCAAUUUAAUGUCUGUAUCUUGUCUUAUGCAGUCUGGUUUUUUGUGUUCAGUUCAAAGGCACAUAUUGUGAGAUCCAGAAAGACGGUAAGACAUUGGGAAGGACUUUACUCAACAUGCCAUAGGUUUCCCCACCCAUGGUUUAAGCUUCUUAGGUGAUCCGCUUUAUAAGCUGAGUUGUAGAAUUUCUGAAGGUUAAAAAACAAAAAAACUAUCAUAAUUCUAGGGCAUGAUUUAAGUCCUGUAGAGACACUUGGGGGCAGAAGUACCAGUAAGCUCACUAUAUUUUAUGGGAAGAUUUCUAGCCUGCCUUUUCAGGGCAUAACAGCCUCCACAAAGUGGUAUAUAAUUAAGGCUGCCAUACGUCCAGAUUUUCCCAGACAUUACCGGGAUUUCAAAGGCAGAAUUGACAUCUGGGGGAAUUACCGAAAUUUACCUUAAAAAAACCUGCAAAGAUUGCACCGAAGUAACCGCUAGGCUAAGCUGGCUCGUUUUUGCCAACAAUAGAAGAAUGGCAAGUAAAACUUAUAGGCUAUGCAGAAAUGGCAAAACCCAGACACUCUGACAAUGAGAAGCUUAAAAAAGAAUGGGAAAAUUUAUUGUGUAUGUGCAGAAAACAAGUUAAUACGUUGGCAGGUUUAUAUUAAGCACUUGUAAGUAGUAAGGAAUUAGAGAAUGCAAAGGUGUAACAAGUGGAUAAAAAUGAUAACAAAAUGCAGAGAAUGAUGUAAGAUGUAAAGAACCAGUAGAAGGGGGUGGAAGGAAGUAUUGAGCUUUAAAGAACCUGAAAAGGUUUGUAAAAUAGUAGGAUUUUUUAAUUAGAAGUAUAAAUGUUAGAUGGUGGUUUGAUUUUUGUAUCCUUAUUUUAUUAUUAUUUUUGAAAAAUUAAUAAAAAUGGUGGUUUUUUUAUGUAAAUACAAUUUUGGGGGUGUUCUGGUUUUUACUUUUUGAAAUAUAGCAACCCUAUAUAUAAUUCCAGAAUAAAACUUCAUAAUUAGGAUCCUCAAGUAAACACAUUACACGCCCCCACACACAUAAAUGAACAGCACAGAUCAAUCCAGGCACAGAAGUUUAAAUUAAAUGGAGAUUUGAAACUGUUAGCCUUGCAGUGCUAAUAUGAGGAAGGGGUGGGCAGCCUCUGCACCUCCCUGUACGUGUAUCCCAGGCAGGUGUGUUCCUCCAUCAGGUGCUUGUUUUUAGUAGUGGAGCUGGCACUAGUCUUUAAGGUAAGCCAGGAUUAACUGAGCAAAGGAACUUGUUUGGGGGGCAGGAAUAAACUGUUUAGGAACCAUGUUGCCGUGGUAAGGUGGCUCCUCUGAAUGACCUGUUGGUUGAGCAUUCGUUCUGAUUUGCAUGCACAAAGUUUAUGCAGAGGUUAGAUUAGAUCUGGUUAUUUUUGUUGAGCAUUCAUCAUCUUAAUUUGCUUCUGGGGUGUUCAAACGUCUUCCGGGGAAGGCUAAGUUUCCAGGCAUCUAGUUGAAUUCCUCCUGCCAAAUGGUGAUAAUCAAGAGGCGUUAGUCUUUUUAUUAGGAUGGAGAAAUAAUGAAGCUGAGGGACUGUGUUCCUUGCAGGAAAAAUGACUUUGACCCUCAACUACUUACCUUGGCAAGGCUUGUGACAAAAAAAGUUGUGGCAAACCCAGUAUUACCAGGGGAAGGGUUUUGCCAUUAUACCUUUUUGAAUACAGUUUUCUGGGAAUUUCAAGUGAGGAGAACACUGUAGCUGCUCAGGCGCUGCUCCCAGGUUUCCCAUGGGCAUCUGAUUCGCCACUGUGAGAAGUAUGCUGGCCUAGAUAAGCCUAUGCCCUAAUCUAGUGGGGCUCUUGAGUCUUUAAUACAGAUAGAUUUAAACCUUGUGCUGGUAUGUGCAAUAAUAAUAAUAAUUAAUUACUUAUACCCUGCCCAUCUGGCCGGGUCUCCCAGACACUCUGGGUGGCUCCCAACAGAAUAUUAAAAACACAAUAAAACAUCAAACAUUUUUAACUUCCCUAAGCUUCAGAUCCUGAAGCUGAGGCUCCAAUAAUUUGGCCACCUCUUGAGAAGAGAAGACUCCCUGGAAAAGACCCUGAUGUUGGGAAAGAUGGAGGGCACAAGGAGAAGGGGACGACAGAGGAUGAGAUGGUUGGACAGUGUUCUUGAAGCUACGAACAUGAGUUUGACUAAACUGCGGGAGGCAGUGGAAGACAGGAGUGCCUGGCGUUCUCUGGUCCAUGGGGUCACGAAGAGUCAGACAUGACUAAACAACAACAAAGCCGGGCUGCCUUCAGAUGUAUUAUGAAAGUCAUGUAGUUGUUUAUUGCCUUGACAUCUGAUGGGAGGGCAUUCCACGGGGUGGGCACCCCCACCAAGAAGGCCCUCUGCCUGGUUCCCUGUAACCUCACUUCUCUCAGGGAGGGAACCGCCAGAAGGCCCUCAGAGCUGGACCUCAGUGUCUGGGCUGAACGAUGGGGGUGGAGAUGCUCCUUCAGGUAUACUGGGCUGAGGCCGUUUAGGGCUUUAAAGGUCAGCACCAACACUUUGAAUUGUGCUUGGAAACAUGCUUUUCCCCCCAACUAAGGUGUUUGUGGAGUUGCCUGAUGAGAGAACAGCAUAACCUAUUGAUGUGUGGGCUUUUUCUCCCCAGGUGGCCUGCCUUCAACUGCUUCUCCAACACCAGCCUGGGGUCCCCAACCUGCAAUCUUCAACCAGCCUUCUUCAGCCUUUCCUGGAUCUGUUCUGGGUGUUCAGCCAGCAAGCUUCCCUCAGCCUCUUGGCUUUGACGCUGCUCCACAAGCUCCCAGCUGGAGUCAGCCACCAUUGUCCUUAGGAGCCCCCAUCCAGGCUCCAGCUCCCGAUCUCUGGGGUCAGCCUGUGCGGGGUCCUCCUCCUAAUGCGUGGGUCCAGCCCUCCAGCACUGGGAACCCUUUCCAGCCCUCCAUAUUCCCACCUCCGCUCGCAUCCCAGGGCCCCUCUCUGUUGCCUGCUAGAAGUCCUCCUCAGUUGCCUCCCAGAACUGCACCUCAGAAGGAGUUGCCCAAGAAGGAAAGCGACGCCUUCACUGCUUUGGAUCCCCUUGGUGAUAAGGAAAUAAAGGAUGUAAAAGCCAUGUUCAAAGACUUCCAGCUGGCAAAACUGCCCGCCGUGCCUGCGAGGAGGGCAGAGCAGCAGCAGCAACAACAAGGUCUGUCGGAAGCUUCUGGAGCCUUUGCCAGUUAUUUCAGUAACAAAGUGGGGGUUCCUCAAGAGUUGGCUGACCACGAUGACUUUGAAGCUAGCUGGCUGGCUACAAAAACUGGUGGUAAAUCUGCUAUAUUCCUUGAGGGAACCUUAAAGUUCUGACCUUUCUCCUCCCCCUCACAGAAGACGCAUACAGUGGAACCUCGGUUGUCGAACGUAAUCCGUUCCGGAAGACCGUUCUACUUCUGAAACAUCUGACAACCGAGGCGCAAAGGGCUGUCAGCAAUUUCCACUGAGAAAAUUGAAAAACUUGCAGCGGAAGCCGUUUGGCUUCUGAGGCGCCUUCAAAAACAGAAGCACUUACUUCCGGGUUUUCGGCAUUUGGUUUCCAAAACAUUCGGCUUCCGAGGUGCUCAAAAACCAAGGUUCCACUGUAUUUUAGUGGACAUGCUGCAUAUUUUUAAGUAGUCUCUGGGGCAGGUGGAUGUGUGCUUUAACCUGGGAUGGGCAGAUGGUUAGCAUCUUCUUUUGGGGCCCGUGGGCACAUUUGAAAACUGGAGGAAGAAUUGUGGGUGCCAUGCUACACCACAACUGAAGUAGAAUGCUUGCUUCAGUGACUAAUUUCAGGGUGAUGCUGGUAAGAGGACUUUAUGAGCCCCAGAGAAGGCCUCUGUGGGCACAGUCUGUCCCUGCCAGGUGCCAUAUUGACUGCUUAAGAAGCCUUGCUUCUGAAUUCUGUGCAUGUGUAAACUAAAUGGUGGUGUCCACUGAUCCACCUGCAAUGUGUGCCCUCAGCAGAAAAACACAGCACUUGGUGCCAAGUGUGGCUGUGUUUGCUGUGUUAUGUGAAAUGGGUGGCUUACAGUGUCUGGUGGUUUAACAAUAAGUCUGUUCUGCAUUGCAGUGCCACCAAAUCCUGUUCUCAGGCCAAACACUGUGCCAACUGCCAAGCCUGCUGAAGACCUAUUUGAAAACCCUUUCAAGACAGACCCUUUUGCUGUUCCAUCGCUAAACUCGGUAAGUGGCAGAGCAAACUCCACUUCUAUGUAUCCAUGGCUGUACUUCUGUUGGCUGUAAAUUAUGGACCAUUUCUUUCUCCAGAGUUGAAGCACCCCUGGGGUCCUAUUGCCUUCUAACAAAAGCUGGCACUGUCCCCAGUUAACCCAAGUGCAGGUGGCAGGAUAACUGUAAAAUUAUCUGUCUUGGCCCUUGCUAUUCGAACAUGACAGCGUGAUCAAAAGUGUUUAUAGUGUAGCUUAAAGCUGGCAGUCUGUACAGAUAAGAGUGUGUUAACACCAACCACUGUGGUUUAUUCAUUGAAGGCUCCAUGCAUAUUUAUUUGAAAAAGAGGAUAGAUGUAAGAAUAAUCAAGCACCCUUUGACCCGUGGUUAGAAGGGAAGGCACACUCAAGCAACAUGCUUGUUAGCCAACAGCCUGCAGACUGCACUGAUCCUUGACCAAAAUAAUUGGCAGGGGUUGUAUGUUUGCAUAAUUCAGUGGCAUGAGCAACACUUUGCUGUAAGACCAAACCACCAUAGUAUAUGGUGCCAUAUUGGAAGCGCUGUGCAUUUUUUCCUCCACCACCUCCUCUCUCUCUCUCUCUCUCUCUCUCUCUCUCUGUGUGUGUGUGUGUGUGUGUACACACACACACACACACACACACACACACAAACAAUAACACAAUACCCAACACCCAGUUUCUGAAGGUGCCUUGAACGGAACUGUUGCUUGCAUCGCCUGUCACCUGCAAGAGAUCUGUACUCUAGAUAUUGCAGCUGGUAAUGGGGGUUGAUGUCAACCACAACUCUCACUUAAGAAGCAUGAACUGCCUCUGAACAAGCUGCUGCAACCUUACUGGAUGUGAGAAGCUUAGAUCAAAUAAGAUAUUUGCCAACUCGACACAGCUGGCAAGCAUAGGGUAUUCAAGUAUUUGCAACUUGCCUGCAAAAAGACUUCCAAAUUGUGCAUAAAUAAAGCAGCCUCCUUCUUUCUAGACUGCCGUACCGCACCAGCUGGCUUCUGCUCCAUUUGGUGAUCCUUUUGGAAACCCGUUUGCGUAAGCUUGAUAGGUAAGUGUCUCUUAGAGGGGUGGCUGUUGAUCCUGAACCUGACACGAUCUAAAAAAGGCAAAACAGGGGUCAUGCUAGGAGGUAAAAGAGGCAACUGUGUGGAGAGUCAAUGUGGGUUAGCAGUUAGAGUUUUGAGCUGGGAUCUGGGAGACCAGGAUUCGAACCACCACAAUUGGUGUUGUGUCAUUUAAGGCUUUAUAAAUGUUGGGACCGUGAGCUCCUUACAUUGCACACAGAUGUGAACAGGCUACCAAAGUCACAACUCUGGCUGUACCAAUGGACAUUCUAGUGGCUGAGUCCUGCACUAAAGGGCAGUCCCAAAGCAUUAUAGAAAACCAGCUGUGAGGUCAUCUGAGCAUGGAGCUAUGGUUUGGUUACGCCAUCCACAAAUGGUGGUAGCAGGCAAGCCAGGUCAGCUGGUGAAGGAUCAAGAAGCACCCAGAACAAAAUAUGUAUACUGCUUCGGUGGAGAGUAAGCCUUGCCCAGAGCAGGAUGGACACCAGUUUUGGUCCUUAAUGUUGCUCAGUAGGGAUAUGGUGCUAGGUAAGGAGAUGGCUAUUAGCUCAGAAGAUCUGGUUCGCAUGUGAAUGGUCUUUGGUUCAGUCCCCAGCAUCUUUAGGUAGGCCUGGAAAAGAUUCCUUCCUGGAAACCUAGAGGGCAGCUGCCAGACUGUGUAGAAUAUACUGCAGUAUCUGGACCAAUGGUUGUUUUUUAAAAAUUAUUAUUAUUAUUAUUAUUAUUAUUAUUAUUAUAAAUAAAUAAUUUAUUUAUACCCUGCCCAUCUGGCUGGGUUUCCCCAGGCAAUCUGGGUGGCUCCCAACAGAAUAUUAAAAACAUGAUAAAACAUCAAACAUCAAAAAACUUCCCUAAACAGCGCUGCCUUCAGAUGUCUUCUAAAAGUUAGAUAGUUGUUUAUUUCCUUGACAUCUGGUGGGAGGGCGUUCCACAGAGCAGGCGCCACUACUGAGAAAGCCCUCUGCCUGUUUCCUUGUAACCUCACUUCUCGCAGUGAGGGAACUGCCAGAAGGCCUUCGGCGCUGGACCUCAGUGUCCGGGCAGAACGAUGGGGGUGGAGACGCUCCUUCAGGUAUACUGGGCCGAGGCCGUUUAGGGCUUUAAAGGUCAGCACCGACACUUUGAAUUGUGCUUGGAAACGUACUGGGAGCCAAUGUAGGUCUUUCAGGACCAGUGUUAUAUGGUCUCAACAACCACUCCCAGUCACCAGUCCAGCUGCUUAAGUAGUUUCCUACAUACUAUGGUUAUAACAACAUCCAGUGCUAUCUUCAUACCAGCCAUUUACAGGACUACUAUAUUCCGAACCACAUAGUCCAAAAGCACCCCAGCAAAAAAAAAGUGAUGGUAAAGAUUGACUUUUUGCAUGCUGCUGCUGCUGUAUCUACUCCUAUUUGCACAUCCCAUUCUUACCCAUUACUUUUCAGUAGUUCCACAUAGCAAACCCCAAGAGAGCAAGUUUCAUGUGACUCAGCCCAGUGGUGCUAACCAUCUCCCUCUCGUUCUCUUGACCCAGGAAUGAGUGCAAACCAGCAGAGGAAUAA